AUCACCUUGGUCCAGAGAUGUGAGUUCACCAGGUGCUGCCGGCAAGAAAAGGGUCCCCAGUGCCACCAUCAUUACCUUCAGUGACAGCAGCAGCUGACAUAUUUGACUAAAGGUUCCUGGUGAACUUGUGGAAGUAGGAACGCCCACGUCCCCCGCUCCUUUGUUCACUGGCAUUUUAUUUGUUCUGCUUAUCUUGUUCUCUUUAUAGCACUACACUACAAUUCUCCGUGUAGUUAACAAUUUGCACACAUUGCAUAUAUUACAAAGCAGCCAGUGGUGUUCUGUUCAAUGCAACUGCUACCCAGCAUGCUGUUUUGGACAUUGUUCCUCAGAUUCUUUCAGAAUUUCCCUAUCGGCUGGGAUUCAAUCACAUACUGCCAGGUUCAGGUUGCACAAUUAAAGUUUAUUCGGAACUCUUGUGCAUUGUUUUCUCCUGGUCUAAACCCAGAAAUUGAUUGCAUGAAGGGUCUGUGCCCACCUGAGGAAUUAUUAUUAUUAUUAUUAUUAUUAUUAUUAUUAUUAUUAUUAUUACAGCUAUAAGACACUCCUCAACACACUCUGCCCGUGAGUGCUUUGAGCAUCCAUAAAUGACCAGGUUCAAAGGCGGCAACCCUACGGGAACGACGGUUACCAACCUGUGCAACUGCUUGCCAAGUUGAUGCUGUAACAAUUAGAAGGCAACGGAGCCUUCUGAGAGUUGUUGGGGACGGGAGCCAAAAGGGGUGUGUGAAUCUGAGCAAAGAGCUAUGAAGCGUGUGGGCAAAUGGGAAAAUAAAAAAGUGCUACGGAGAGUCGGAGGCUGCGCCCUGGCGGUUCUUGUAAAAAGAAAACAUUUUCUGAAGAUGCAAGGUGGCAGCUUCGUUUCGUGUUCCCAUGAAGAAAUGGACUCCAAAAUGUAUUCUAAAGUGAAGUCUUAUGCCCUGGCUCUUCACAGCAGUGCAUCAUUUGCCCUCUCCCUCUUUUAGCGCCUUAACUUUAGAAUCCUAGAAACUUGGGGUGGUUCUGGUCAUCCGUGCGCCCGCGCGGGCGGUUUCACGUUGCCUUUUAAGUCCACCUGGAGCUCCUCAAAAGAGAGUUGGCUGCAGGGUUAGGGGACGGCGAAGGAGCGCCAGCUGCCUUGGGCACGGCCAAAUAAAAAAAAGAAAAAGAGGGUCGGGGAGUUAAAGCAAGGCGGCGCUUGCCCUCAGGGCGCCGGGCUGCGGGAGGGCGGGUGGUGAGGCGACGGCGGGGAAGGUAAGAAGGUGGGUGGCUGACUCGUCGUCGCUAAGAGCGAGCAAUCCGCGCCCAGCUUCGUCGCGGCCCUGCCUUCGCGAGCCUGGCUUCUCGGGGCUGGCAGAGCAGGACGGAGGAGCCGCCCAGCGCGGCUGCUGCCCUAGAGGGGAAAAGGCGGAGGCGGGAAGGAGAGCAGCAUGGCGUGCUACAGCGGGGAAUACGUGGUAAGGGGGCCAGCACUCGCAGCCGGCAGGGCGCUCAGCCUGAGGGGAGUCGGGGGGCGGGAAGGCGGCGGCGCUGACAACCUCAGUGGCGGGAAGUCUCCUGAGGGGAGAAAAAGGCGGUUUCGGCUGCCGCUGCUCCUCCUCUUGCUGUUUCCACAGGCGACCUCCGCCUGCCCCGAACGGCCCCCGACGAGGCGGUCGAGAUACUCCGCCAAAACUUUCCACUUGAAAUUCACUUUUCUUCCUCAAGACUCCCAUGGCGGCGCGUUUCUCGUGGGCUCUGCCGCCUCCUAGGCCGACAGGUGCAUUGCUUUUAUCUCUCCCGGAGUGAAGAGGCCUCCUUCCACGCUUAUCUUUUUGUCACCACAAACGGCACAUAUUAAGGGGCCGCCACAGGAAAUAAAGCGCGAGGGGGUAAAGGUUCAGAGCAUUUCUGAUCUGGGCAAACUUCUGUGACGGUUCUCCCUCAGGGAUGGUUCCACAAUAGUGUUCCUCUCUGGAAUCUGGCAGUGCAGAAAAAUGGCAAAUCUGCCCUGAAAGCAUUCUUUAAUGAAAGGAAGUAAAUCAAAAUAAAUAAAUGUCAUGUAGCUGCUGGCUGCGUUUUUUAAUACUGUGCCAGCAAAGUCAGCCCAGUUUUAUCUGUCCCAGAGGAAGCUAUCUUUGGAGUGGUUUGUUUUGUUUUUAUGUUCGGCAUCAUAUAUUCGGGAAAAAUGGGGGAAGAUAGAUGCCACCUGCAAAUGAUGUUGAUGCAGGUAGCGAAGUUUUCAUGACAUGUAAUCAGAUCAUAGUGUAAACACACCCAUCUGAGAAAUACGACACACCUCUGUGCAGUCAUGGGUUUUCAUACUAAAGUGAAUGUAAAUGUGUUUGUAUUUGCCUAGAAUGGAAAAAUAAAGUUCAUUAAACUGUACUGUGAGAUAAAGUUUCAGAGAAAGAUAAUAUCCAUAUAGUAGUUUACAUUGUUGGGUAUUGCCCAGUGAACAGGAGCUCAGAACCAGAGUGUGGAAAUAGUUGUUGCACCAACACAAGUUCAGUUUCCCAUUUAGGUAUGUCUAUACAGUAUACACAUGACCGGAAGCUGUACGCCAGCUCCCUUGGCCAAUAAAGCAAGAUGAGCACCACAACCCCAGAGUCGGCCACGACUGGACCUAAUGGUCAGGGGUCCCUUUACCUUUACCUUUAUGCAGUAUACAAGAGUGAGAAAACUGAAAGAGAAAAUUUGUGCUGCCAUUACUCCUGUCAGGCCUUGUGACCUGUAAUAUUUCCCCACAUCUUCAGAAAGGUAGGAUACUACCAUGGAUUGAAGGCAGGCACUGGAUGAAUUGUGAGAAUUGUGGAUUUGUGAAGUGAAGGGCCCUUAUAGACACACCUUUUGUCUCUGGGUAUUUAUACCAGCUAACUACUACACCUAUCAGAAUUUUCCCAGGUAUUUCAUUACUUAGAGAUAAUAGAGUGGUGAUUGGCACAUUAUACAGAGACUAAAUUAAAGUCAGUGGCAGAGAUUACCACACAAGAAGACAUGUUGGCUACAUAAACUUCUCUGUGCUCUGCCUCCACAGCUGGUGGAAUGCCAGUUACUUGAAACUACAGGACGGGAGAGUACUCUUGUGUUUGAAUCCAGAUUGCCGGUUUCCCAUGGGCAUUUGGCUGGCCACUGUGAGAACAGGAUGCUGGACUAGUUGGGCCGUUGGACUGAUCCAGCAGGCUCUUCUUAUGUUCUCUAAUUUUUAAUGCAGCAUAAUCACAUCAUAACAUGCAUUGUGUGGUUUCACUAAAUGUACAGAAGGUGGAGAGCUUAAAAGCUCUUUUUGUGCAGGGCUUUCCCAGCAUGGAAUGCUCUCACAAGAUCUCCCUUAAAAGCGCUCUGCCUUGCUUGGGCAAUGCCAACUUGGCAUAUGGCUCCAAAAAGGUAAGAACACUCACACAGGGGCCAUUUUCCAAAGGGGUGGGUCAAAUAUAUACAGUAUAUUUUUGCAUAUAUGUGCCAUCCCCGGAACCUGACCCCCAUGCAAGACACAGUCAUACUGUAUAUCCAUUAUAUAAUUGCAUCAUUUUAUAUAUUUAAAAUACCAGGUUUCUGAAGAUGGGUUACCUGAACCAAGAAAGUGGAGACCAUUGAUGUAUAGGAAAUGCACAGACCCCAUUUGGUUGAUGAUAUUCUUUCUCUUUUGGUCAGGUUUGGUAAGUACCAUAGUAUUCCUGAUGAAAUGGGUGGUAUCCAGUGAAACAGUUCUGCUAGCACAACAACUUUUGGCUACACAAUGGAACUUCCCCUCCCUCUCCUCUCCCUGUUCACCCCCAUAUUCAGUAACUUGAAUAUGCCAGCAAAGGCACAACAAAAAUGGGUCAGCUGCAUAUUCUGCCAUUGCAGGGUGUUGGACUAGAUGAUCCUCAGGGUCCCUUCCAACUACAGUUGUAUGAUUCUGAUUCUAUGAAAGAAAAAGACCUAUCCAAACAACUUGUUUUUCUGUUGUGAGGAGGCAGGGAGUGGGUUGUUGAAAGACAAUGGGAAACCAAUCAGAUAGUAUCCUGUGCUUUUCAGUUUUCACACAUAUGCAUAGAUAUUGAGUGUUGUUGAGCUCAUGGGAAUAAGUGCUAAGAUGUGUCCUAGAGCAUUUCCCCAGGGAACCACUGUUAUUAUUUAUGCAAAGCUCAGGCUCAGUUCUGUGUGAGUUAACCUCCUUGCUGUUGUGGAAAGAAGGAGUUCUUGGCAGAUAACAGCAACUCUUAUGGAGAAAAGAGGCCUGCUUUGGAUUCCAUAACAGUGACAGAUUUCAUAUGUAUUCUCAUAGAUGUUUAUAACUGGCUACGCUAUAACAGCUGGAGCUGCAGAAAGACUUGUGUUUGGAUAUGACAGCUAUGGAAACAUAUGUGGUCGGAAGAACACUCCUGUGGUCGGUGCACCAUUGUCGGGACAAGAUAUGACAGAUAAAAAGUGAGCAUGUUCUUAUUUCAAAAGGCUGCAGUGUUAUCAAAAGCUAUAGCAAAUAAAAUCAGGCCUUUAGCUGAUUAACAUUCUAUUUCCUUUUAAAUGUGUUUGUUUUCGUUCUUGUUUUUUAUUAUGUAUUUUGUGUUCUCGUUUUGUAUUUUUAUGUUGUGAUCUUAUGCCUUGUGAUCUUUGGAUGAAGGGCAGUAUAAAAACUGAAUAAAUAGUAGUAAUAAUGAUGAGAAUAGUAAAAUGUAAUCAGUCAGGAAUACAUAAAUGAUGCCUAAAGUAAUAAUUGUAAAUGCCAAUAUAUUGACUUCAAUAAGGUUGAGAUAUCCUAUAUAUUUUAGCUGUUUACAAAUUUAUUAAUUAUUUACAUCCUGCUUUUCGCCGUGUAAGACUCAAGAGUGGCUUACAGCAAUAAAAGAUGCAAUGUAUGACAUUUAAAACAAAAAUGAAACCUCCGAAAUGUAGAACCUCAAUAAUUUUAAAAUCUCAAAUUAUAUUUUUUAAAAAGGAUUCCUCGCUCCCAAAUCACUGAAAUCCCCUAGGACAAAUAUUGGGAACCUGAAGCCUAGAGACUGAAUGUGGCCUUCCAAGUACUUCUGUCUUGACCUUUGGCCUCUCUAAGUAAGACAUGCCCUUAUUCAAGCCACAUCUGCCCUCAGCAGGACACAACACUCAUCCACACUGCUCCAGAGUUACCAGAGUGCUUUUGUCUUGUUGAAAUAUGUCAUUGAACUAUGAUAACACCUAUUGCUUGCCUGGAUGGAGGGAUGUUUUUGGCUUUUGUGUGGCUGUGCCCACAGUUGCCUCUGGCCAUGCCCAUGACUGACCUGUCGCUCCCAGAUGAGAGAGAACAUGUUCCUUGGGCUCAAAAAGGCUGUUCUAGGGUGUAAAUAUUACUCCCUACUGGAUCAGCAGUAGACUUGACCUUAUAUUUUUACUGCAAUAAAACUGUAUUGUGUUCAGGGAAAAAAUAUUUAUUUAUAUUUCGUAAAGUUUAUAUGCCGUUUGAUUGUUUUAAAAACCCCUCAAAAUAGUUUACAAAAAAAACACCACUUUUAUGUGUUUCUAAAUUUAAGAAUUGUUUUGUAUAGUAAAAACAGGUUGUUGGAGAGGCAAGGUGAAAAUUCAGUUGUUUGUUAAUGCGAAGUUUUCUUGUUCUCUCCUAGAUUUGUUUUCUUUUUGAAUUCAUGUGAUUUGGAAAUAAAAAAUCUCAAAAUUAAUUCAACUGCAUUGUGUGUAUCGAGUUGUCCGCAGGAACAGCUUUCUUCCUUGGAAGAAAUUCAAUUUUUUGCAAAGAAUAACGGUAUGUGGUAAAGUUCUUUAUAGUCUUUCUUUCUUUCGUAAUAACCUAAACAGUUAAAAAAUAAAGAUUUGACUUGACUUGACAUACAUAUGAAAGGGACAAUAUUAAAUUUGAAAUGCAUGUUUGCCAUCAUCUUGAUUAUAGUUGUGUAGUCAUGUUUUAAAGUUGCAAUCAUAUACAUGCUUACAUAGGAGAAAGUCCUAUUUAACUGAAUGGGGUUUACUUUAAAGUAGGUAUGUGUAGAAUUGCACUGUUAAUUUGUUCAACCACUUUAGACUAGUGCACACUUAUUUUUUGCUAACUAACUUCUCCCCUUUCCCAAUGUAUAUGCCACUGGGAAAAAGAGCAUUCCACUUCUAUAUAAAUGCUAAAAACAAUAGUACACUACAGAUUCAAAAAGGCAAACACAUAUUUAAAAUAACAUAAAAAGUACAAUGGCCAAGCUCCAAGAAGCUACUUUAGACGCACCAAAGGCUUAAGGUUGUCAAAUGGAAUUUUCUUACUCAUUUCCCUGGAACGACAACCUCCUGUAUGCAAUUGCACUGUCUGCUUUCAAAACUCCUCUUAGUUUCAAAAGCAAUUUGGAGAAGAAACAUGUGCAAAGGUCUCUUUGGCAUGCAGAACUACAUGCUUAGGUUUUGGGGUGGUUUUUUUUUGUAUUUUGUCACACCAUUAUUAUUAUUAUUACCCACCCUUUACCAUAAGGUCUCAAGACUAGUCACAGCAAUUAAAAAAGGUGCAUUAAAAACAUUUAAAAACAAAAUACAGUCACAAGAAUAGGGUAGGUCUUAAAAAUAUAUAUAUCAACUUCCAAAGGCCAAGGGAAAGAGGUGAAUCUUUAGCAUUUGAUGAAAACAAUGCAAUAAAGAUGUUGGACACACCUCUUUGGGGAGGAAAUUCCACAGUGUAGAGCUGUCACAGAGAAUGCUCUCUCCCAGGCCACCCCCUCAUCACACUUAUGAGGGUGGUGGAACUAUCAGGAAGGCCCCUGAACCUGGCUGAAGGGUUGUUUUUUUAAUUGCAUCGUUAUUCUGUUAACUAGAAAUACCAGGAAUUUGAACGGGGAACCUUCUGCAUGCAGAGCAUUUGCUCCAGCACUGAACUAUAGUCUGCCCUUUAUCUCUAAUGCAUCCCUCUCCAAAUGUCCUUUGGUUGUGCUGUGGUUAUUUCUCCUUUGUCCUCUUUAAAGAGCAGCAAUUCCCCGUUUGUUUGUACUACUUUAUCCCAUUUAUAUGACUUGUAUCUUUGUGCCUAUGAUAUUCCCCAGCCCCUACACUAUUUCCCUGAAUAAAUGUUGAAUAAUAGCACUUGUUGUAAUAGUAGUAGCACCAACAGCAGUGGAAACCUUCAGUUUUUAGAUAAUAUUCCUCCCAUGUUUUGUAUGUACCUUAAGAACUAUAUAGUGAUAUUUAUUUAUAGACUUAUAUAAACAGUUUAAAAAUACUCCCAGGGCUGCUAACAAAAACAUAGUUAACCAGAUACAAAAUAUAAUACAUAAACAUUAAACAAAAACAGUCAAAGCAGCAGAAGCGUUAACAGCCAUUGAAACCAUCAGCUAAAACUAGUGAAAUAAUAUGCUUGAAAUCCUGGGCAAGUACAAAGGACUUCACCUGGUGCUGAAAAUGCAUCAGGUUUCUUGUCAGGUGAUGGGCAGAACGCGCUAUCUCUAUGAGGAAAACUCUUCACUUUGAGGGUGCCACAACUGAAAAGGACCCCUCUUAACCAUUGCACCCCUAACUUCGAAAGGUAGAGGGAUUUGAAGGAGAGACUUUGAAGAUACUACUCUUGUUUGGGAAGGUCAUUGUGUGAUUGGAGUAGGUGGUUCUUUAGACACCUGAGUCCUAGGUUACUUAGGAAUUUAAAGAUAAGCACCAGCACUUUGAAUUUUGCCCAGAAAUUGACCAACAUCCAGUGUAGUUGGCUAAAUUGAUCUUAGUAUGCCUGAUUAGUUUAUAUUAAAGCAAAUGCAAAGAAAGAAGGGGUGCAAAACCAUUUUCAAUAUUUUCCCUUCUGCAUUUUUUCUACCAUCCUACAUUGGUUCAAAUUGUCAGGAAGCCUGAUUUUAGUAUUUUGACAAUUCUGAAUACUGAUAAGAUAGAAUCCAGGCAUUCUUUGCAUGACAGUUUUGUUAUAACGCAGCAUUUUUGCCAGCAAAAUGAUUGAAGAUAACUCAAUUCUUCCCCCCUUUUUUGUUUUUUUUUGGGGGGGUUUUUUAUGAAGUUAAACAACUAGUGUUUUUGGUCUCCUAAUAAUUUUAGUCCAUUUCUUAAAAAAAACAGUGUCUUAGUAAGCUAAAAUAAUGUUAGCACUCACAUUUUUGUGAUGAAUAUAUUGCAUUAGUAGCAAUUUACAGCAGUUCCAAUUUUAAAAUGUUCCAAUUUACCUAAGACAUGCUGCAACAUUCCCUGCUGAGGUUCAUAUCCGAUGGACAGAUAGUAGUGGUAAUGGUGUAAUCAUAUAUAGGACAUUAAUGAUUUUUAAAACCUGGCUGCAAAGCAUUUCCCAUAUUUAAAUUCUCAUGUUUACGGGGGGCCACUAGGGGGCGCAUUGGAAGAUGGCCGACAAUACCAUCUCUCCGACCCACACGGGGUAAUUAAGAGGCUGUUAUGGGAGUAGGCAGCCUCCCUUGUUGCCCCAAGGAAAUGGGGAACACUGCCCUUGCCUGCUGUGCCCAUAAAUCACCCCUAAUUCGAAAGAAGGGGUGAGGGCCCUAGGCAGAAUUCCCCGUGUGGACAUCGGCUCUCCUGGACGCUGUCUCUGAUCGCGCACUAGUUGCAGCAAUUUGGAAUAAUUAAUUACAAAAGAAGCAAAUGCACAUAUUUCAAGUGAAGAAGGGGAGUGAAGUCUGCUAAUUUAAGUGACCUCUGCGAAAGAAGACGACGGGCUGGAGAAACAGGAAUAUUUUACGAUGAAGAUACACCAAAGGCUGGGUAUGUUGACAACGGGGCUGAAUGGGGGGGGGGAACCUUUUUUACUUCUGUGUGAUUUACAAGAACCCCUCCUCAUUAGAACCAUCGGUUGAACUGACCCAAGCAGGAUGAUUAAGGUCUGUGUGGAGAUAAACUUUAACCAAAAGUAUGCUUUAUGGAGACCGAGAAGCAAUAAGAGCUUUUGGGAAUGGUGCAGCAAUUAAUUCGGAGUCGCCAUCUUGCCAAAGGAUUUAUAGCCGGGAGGAAGAACGGAUUUGUUUUCAGACUGCAUUCCUAGUGAAUCUCCUCAGAGGUUUUGAGAAAGGAGGCAGAUUGGUGAAGAUUAAUGAUGCUAAGACUGUUUUGAUGUAUGGAAGUGAUGUUAUAUGGAAAACGUCUGGAUAUGGCUACUGGAUAAAAAUUAAUAUCCACGCAGGAUUACAAACUGUUCUAACCAGCUUGCGGAGACUAUCAGAGGUCACAAAGAGAAAGGAAAAAUAUAUGAAAAUAACAACAAGAGAUGUGGAAAAAUAAUAAGAAAGGACUGGAUAGUACUGUGAACAUCAUAAGGUUAGAUUUGUGGAUAUUAAAACAGCAGUAAGAAGCAAGAAGUUGAUUGGAUCCCUUCAGAACUUGAAAUAUGGGUACCCCCAACAAAAAUUUAAAAUUUGGCUGUGUAAUUUGGAAUUUAUGUAAUUUGGUUUGAUUUGAUGUGAUUGGUCGGUUAAUAAAAAAUUAUUCUUAAAAAAAAUAAUUCUCAUGUUUACAUUGUCUGUGUCUAUCAGUACUUUGACAGAUUUUAAGCUCAAAACAAAUUAUGCUACAUUAUUGUAGCACAAUGGAAUCACCUUCUCUCCUCUCUCCAGAGGGUUGGGGAAACUCCCAGAAUAGAUUUAGGGGUGCGUGGAGGGAGGAGUGGGGUAAAUGUUUCAUUGUGCAAGGAGAAAUUAUUGCACUGAUGGAAUGUUCACCUAAGCGCUAUGCUGAAUACAACCCAGCAUGAUUCUCAAAGUACCUUAGUAUGGAUCUUAAAGUUUUGAAUAAGAAAUUGAGAGGGGAAAGGUGCCUAUAUGGCUUCAUAAUGUCCUGAUUACUUUCAUGGAUCUGAGCAUAUCCAUCCUGCAACCUUUAAAUGUGUGGUUGACUAGAUACAUGUUUUAGAAUGCGAUAGUAGAAGUAACUCUUAGAAAUAAAUCCAUUAUAUUAACAGAAUACAUUUAGAAUGAUGAAAUAAUGAGAUUUAGAUUGUCUGUUAGGUCCCACAAAACAUUCCAGAGGUGACUUACAUAUAGCAUUCUUCAUAUAGCAUAUAGAUUCUUGUUUACCCCAAGAAUCUCCUGAUCAGACUGCCGCUGUGUGCUCUGUCUGGGACUACUGUUGAAGAUUGCUCAAAAGCUGCAGCUGAUGCAAAACUCAGCUGCUAAAUUGAUUUUGGGUGUUAGCCACAAGAAGCAUAUAACACUAAUUGCCUGUGAGAUCCAUCAGUUCACAGCUUGUUUCAAGGCUAAAUUCAAAGUACUACAGCCCACCUUUAAAAUCCUUUAGAGUUUGGGUCCAAGAUGCUUAACAUAGCAUCCCCUCCCAUAUUUAUUUGAUUGUGAUUAGCAAUCCAACAAAUUUAGGUUAGUGGAGAAAGCUUUUUUGGUAGUGGCCCUGCAUUAUACAACCAAUUGCUUACUGAAAUUUAUGAUAUUCAGAUCCUCUGCCUUUGUAAGUAGGCUUUAAAGACCUAUUUAAUUAGACAAACUUUUAGUAACAUGCCUAUUUUGCUUUAGUGGUUGCUGUUUUCUUCUUCUACUAAUUGUUUCUUUACUUUUUUAUUGUAUCUUAGUUUCAUUGUAAAGUUCUUGCUUUGUUAUACUGUGUGUUGGAGUGGAAGGUGGGCUAUAAAUUUUCUAAAUAAAUAAAGCUAAGUUGCAUUCACAUCCUUUCUAGUUUCUUUAAAUGAUAACCAGAAUGUCUUUUUAUGUGGGUUUGUUCUCUGUAGGUUCUUGCCUCUGUGUUUACAAUUUGAAUGUUACCAGUUGUACAUAUAGUUUCAAAACUGCUGAGCUUUGUCCUGCCUUACCAGUUCCGCCAAGGUAAGGAAUAACAUGAAUAAUAUUUUGCCUAAAUGAUAGUUUUUCAUUCAAAGCAAUCAACUACUUGUUUAUUAAUUUUUGAGUUUCAAAUCUUGGGGGGAAGAUACUGCAAUUUGAAUAUUGUUUCUAAUUUCUGCCUGCUUCUUUACUCAGUAAUUCACUCAAAGUAAAGAGGUGCACUUAGAGACAGCAUAGGCCUCCAGCCCCAGUCACCUUAGUCUUUUGUGGGGAAGGGUUUUUCCUAUUCUCUCCCCAUACAGAUAAUUAUAUCUCAUUAAUCAAUUUAAUAAAAUAUGAAAUUUAGAAGAUACACCAGAUUUAAAUGUCCCCAAGUAGUCCAAUCCAUGCAUGCAGAAACCUCUAUAAUGGCAGAAGUUAAAAGACUUCUCUUUGGCAAUGCAUUGCCACAGGGUAUAUUGUAGGUUCAGUGAGAGCGUGGUUCCCUUUCCUCCCUAAAUUUAACACUGUGUUUGAAAUGCUAAGCCCAAUGUCUUGUCUGUCUGUUUUAACCUUCUAGUGUGUCUUUCCCAUUGUUUAAUCGAUGUGUUCCACGAAAUGCUAAGUGCUAUUCCCAGUUUGCUUCUGUACUGAUAAAUGUGGUUAAUGAAGUGGAUAUUUUUCAUCGGAUUCUGGGUGGGAUUAUGGCAGGAAGAGAUACAGUCAUAGGAUUGUGCUUCCUUGCACUAGGUAAGCUAAUAGCUUUAUUUUAUAUAUAUAUAUAUAUAACAACACUGCAGCUUUUCAUUUAAGAAGUGAACUGCAUUUAUUAUAAUUGUAGUUGAAGUUACUGAGUCUUAUUUAGUAUAUUGCACUAUAUUGUAUGUCAUUGUUGGUCAGGUAAAAGUUAAUUGCAAUAAGAGGUGCAAUUUCUUGAAGACCUCUGAGGAAGAAUAUUCUCUAAUAUUGGGUUUAGUUAUAGAAUCCAGUGAUGUCUGCCUGAUUAAGCAACAGAUCUCCACUUGUACACUAGGACUUCCCCUUCCUAUCCUACACACUAGGCUCUUGCAUGUCCACCAAAUCUAAUCUAGCUGUUCCCCAACCUUCUGGAGCAGAUGUUGGGGAUGUAGAAGGGUUACAAAGUAGAGGAGAGGAAGGAGUUGUGCCCUUGCACACCUAGAAAUCUGCGUGAACAACAUGGAUGCUACCCUCUGUCUUGUGUGGAAUUAAUAUGACUCAGUGGAUUGCAGGAGGCAUUUGAGUUUUUAUUUUAAAUGAUUAUUGAAAUACAGAAAAGACAUAGAGUUGCUCUCGUAAAGCAGUCAUUUCAGAAUUUACUCUUUAUUGCACUUUCAGAGUUUGGCAGUUGCUAUUUUGCUACUGUCAAUGAAUUCAAUGUACAUUAUUAAUCCUUCAUACUUAUAACCCUCUGGUACUAUUGUGAGCGAUUAAUAAAGAAGAUGUGGGAAUUAUAUAGGACAGUAUUUUGCUUAAUAUCUAAAAAGCAUUAAGCAGACUGCCUCAGUAUGAAUGAGCAGCUUGUGAAGAACAGAAGGUUGAUUGUGGAUUUCUAGCACGAUCAACCAAGAAUGAAUGUUGCACAUAGUAAUGUGACACUGAUUUGGAUGAGGCAUUGAAGCAGCCAGAAUGCCUAUUCUGUAUGGCAUCAACAAACAUAGAAAGCAGGGUAACAAGAGCUGUCAAAAUUAUUAAAAUCAAAGGCUGCAAUCAUGCUCACAGUAAGGCUGCUUAAAUUCAUAUGGGUUUAUUGGUAGUUUGGCAUUGAUAUCGGCAGGAGCGCUGUGAAAAUCUCUAGUCACAUCUAAAAUUCCCAUGUAAACCAUUUAGGCUGCAAUCCUGUACAAACAACUCCCCGUUUGCACUUGGGUUGUGUUCUGGGUCAUUCCGUGUGUAAGGCUGUUCCACUUCCCCUUCCUGCCCCAUUCCAGGGCCCAGAACAACAUACGUGCUGGCGGUCAUGUGUCAGUUUGGACAUGCGCAAAAUGGUCACUGCCUGUACAUACUUAACUGGAUUAAGGCUGGUUAAACCCAGUGGGGCUUACUUCUGAGUACAAAUGCAUAGGAUUGUGUUAGUAGUCAGCUUGAUUAACAAGUCAACUAUAGUAACUUUUUUUUCUCCACUUGCAGCAUUCUCUAUAAUAAUCAUGUUAGCCUUCAGAUUCAUCAGCGUGCUUGUGAUCCAUAUUUUUCUUACACUACUUAUAUUUGGAUUAUUAUGUGAGUAUUGAUCCUUUGAGUAUGUAUUUUCAUAUUUUUGUGUGCAUCUAUAUCUAUCUGCUAGGAUUCAAAUUACUGUGUGCAGUUUCACAUGUAUGGGGAGGGCUCUUAAUUUCCCUCCUUAAAUGCCUCCUCUUCAAAAGUGCCCUCAAAUUUCAGGGACCCUCGAGAACAGUGUUUCCCAAUUGGUUGUCUGUGGUAAAAGGUAAAGGACCCCUGACAGUUAAAUUCAGUCACGAAUGACUCUGGGGUUGCGGCGCUCAUCUCGCUUUAUUGGCCGAGGGAGCCAUCGUACAGCUUCCGGGUCAUGUGGCCAGCAUGACUAAGCCGCUUCUGGCGAAACCAGAGCAGCACACGGAAAUGCCGUUUACCUUCCCGCCAGAGCGGUAUCUAUUUAUCUACUUGCACUUUGACGUGCUUCCAUGGUACAUACCCAUUAACUAUCCAGGACAUUCUCUUACAUAACUUUGAAUCAGCAAGAUAUUCUUGUAAAGAAGCUGGUAAAAUGUGGUCUUGACUAUGCUACCACUCAGUGGAUUUGUAACUGGCUGACUGACCGAACCCAAAGGGUGCUCAUCAAUGGUUCCUCUUCAUCCUGGAGAAGAGUGACUAGUGGGGUGCCACAGGGUUCUGUCUUGGGCCGGUCUUAUUCAACAUCUUUAUCAACGACUUGGAUGAUGGACUCAAGGGCAUCCUGAUCAAAUUUGCAGAUGACACCAAAUUGGGAGGGGUGGCUAACACCCCAGAGGACAGGAUCACACUUCAAAACGACCUUGACAGAUUAGAGAACUGGGCCAAAACAAACAAGAUGAAUUUUAACAGGGAGAAAUGUAAAGUAUUGCACUUGGGCAAAAAAAUGAGAGGCACAAAUACAAGAUGGGGGACACCUGGCUUGAGAGCAGUACAUGUGAAAAGGAUCUAGGAGUCUUGGUUGACCACAAACUUGACAUGAGCCAACAGUGUGACGCGGCAGCUAAAAAGCCAAUGCAAUUCUGGGCUGCAUCAAUAGGAGUAUAGCAUCUAGAUCAAGGGAAGUAAUAGUGCCACUGUAUUCUGCUCUGGUCAGACCUCACCUGGAGUACUGUGUCCAGUUCUGGGCACCACAGUUCAAGAAGGACAUUGACAAACUGGAACGUGUCCAGAGGAGGGCAACCAAAAUGGUCAAAGGCCUGGAAACGAUGCCUUAUGAGGAACGGCUAAGAGAGCUGGGCAUGUUUAGCCUGGAGAAGAGGAGGUUAAGGGGUGAUAUGAUAGCCAUGUUCAAAUAUAUAAAAGGAUGUCACAUAGAGGAGGGAGAAAGGUUGUUUUCUGCUGCUCCAGAGAAGCGGACACGGAGCAAUGGAUCCAAACUACAAGAAAGAAGAUUCCACCUAAACAUUAGGAAGAACUUCCUGACAGUAAGAGCUGUUCGACAGUGGAAUUUGCUGCCAAGGAGUGUGGUGGAGUCUCCUUCUUUGGAGGUCUUUAAGCAGAGGCUUGACAACCAUAUGUCAGGAGUGCUCUGAUGGUGUUUCCUGCUUGGCAGGGGGUUGGACUCGAUGGCCCUAGUGGUCUCUUCCAACUCUAUGAUUCUAUGAUUCUAUGAUUCUAUGAUUCUAAGAGUUUAAAAUCAAAGGCCCAUACAUCAACACUACUUUAUUUCAAGCUUGCGAGUAUAAUUAUAUAUUUUUAAGCCCACCGUUUGAUGCCAGUCUGAUUUUUCAGUUUCAUGGGCGCUGCAGAUAAGGCAAGUAUACCUAGGUAGUUCGUGUCUUUCAGAUGAAAUAAAUAAUGCCCGUAUUGCUGUAUUUAUUCCAGUUGUUUCAGGAAUCAUGUGGUGGCUGUAUUAUAAUUACACCAAUGAGCCCAGCAUAGAAUUGGAAACAGAAAAGGAAAACAUGAAAUUAUUGUUUGGAUUUGCUAUUUUAUCUGCAAUCAUUACGGUAAGACACUUAUCACAUAGUCAUUAGCAUUUUGUGGGAAAUUUGUUAGCAUGGGGUAAGGUGAGGCUACCUCAGAUGUAUAUGAUAAACUGGAACGCUACAGAUAAUUUGACAUUUUUGUUUGCAAAAAGCACCUCAUGUCUCCAUCUGCACUGUUGCGGGUCUCUAGUAGGCAGAAAUCAACAACUUCAUUGGCCUGCACAAGCCACUAGAGCAGGCAUAGGCAAACUCGGCCCUCCAGAUGUUUUGGGACUACAACUCCCAUCAUCCCUGACCACUGGUCCUGUUAGCUAGGGAUGAUGGGAGCUGGAGGGCCGAGUUUGCCUAUGUGUGCACUAGAGACCCCUGAAAAACUUUCUUCUCCAACCGCCACUCAAACAGUGAAGGCUGGGAGUAGUGGGCCGCACAUGCUUAUGUACGCAUUCUUGCAUUUCACACCUGCAGACAUAUGGAGGCACACAGCCCCCUGCCCCAGCUGAUCUAUGCAGAUCAGGCAAGGAUUGUGGUUAUCACUUUCUCUUCACACACCAAAUGAUCCAUCUGAUGACUGGAGAAGGUGUGAUUUGCAUCCCCAUGAGGGUGCUUGGCUGCCUACCCCAGUGCUAGGACUACUUUAUUUUUUUCCACUUUUUGCUGCUGGUCAGUCAAUGGGGCCAGAAAAAAAUGCUUGGCAGAAAUAAGUAAUUAUUUCAAUGGGACCUGCACGCAACUAGCUUGUUCGAGACUCAACUCAGCCAUAUUAUAUGGCCUAGUGUUGAAUGUGAAAUGACCCAUGCCACAAUUAAUGGAGCCAUUUGCAAAUUCUAGUUUAUGAUUUUCAGAAUUCAGUAGUUUGGUAUGUUUAUAUAUUGUUGAUAGUGUUGCAGUAGAAUUAAAGAUCACCAUUUGCUAUUCUUAUAUUCAUGUUUUGUUGUAGUAGAGAGGAAAAAGUAUAAAGCUGCUGCAUAGAUGAAUUGUAGCACUGUGUAUUAGGCAUCUGUGAGACAUCUUCAAAUUAGAUCAGUGUGGAUUUGGGGGUCUCAAGAGCCUCUAAAAACAUGUGAGAAUCUCACACGCUGGCAUACCCUGUUGCUGGCACAAGGUGGCAUGCUAGGAGAAGAAGCUUGUACUGUAGUUUUGAGUGUACCUUUGCAAAACUUUUUUUUUUGCAGUACAGUGUUAAAAGCUGAACCUUUUGCUGCACAAGAAACGGUUCUGCAACAAGGUGCAAUUUUGUGUUCCAGUAGUAUUAUUUUUUACCCAUAGAUCUGACAGGCCUCUUUUAUAUCUCUGCUUCUGCUAGGGUUGUUCUGUAGGAACUAGAAAAAAGUUCCUGAACCAAGAUUGAAUGACCUUAAAAUCUUAAUAUUUCUCCAUCCCAAAUGUUAUUAAAUUGUUAACUGAAAAUUUUUAACGUAUUAUUUUUCCUUUUUUGUAGGUUAUUCUCAUUCUCCUGAUACUGAUAUUAAGGAAGAGAAUUCACCAAACUAUACAGCUCUUUCAUGUUGCCAAUAAAAUUAUUGGCAACGUCCCUUCUUUGUUCUGCCAGCCACUUUGGACUUUUACAAUACUUCUUUUCUUCUGGGUGUACUGGGUGGCUGUGUUACUUAGCUUAGGAACUGCAGGUUAGUAGACUUUUUUUUCCUGUGAUACCAAGCUAUAUCAAGUAUUUUCUGUUAAAUAUGCACUUUUUGAUGGUGAAAUAUACACACGAAUGUGAAUGUAUAAGUGUGUUUUUAAUUUUUUUGUAUUUCAACCAUAGUUCCUGAUAAGUGAAAGGUAAGUCAUCUGGCACAUUACUGAGGAUAUAGAAUCCAAUCGUGUUAGAUCCUAAAAAUAUUUGGUUUGUGUUGACUUUGUAAAACAGCCCUGUUUUCUGCUAUAAAUGCUGUACCUGCUUGGCUCUGUUUUAAGAAUAUAUGUUGGAUAUAGUUGCCACAAAGGUGCUGAUGAGUAUCAUACAACCAUUUUAGUUGUCAACUAGAAUUUAUCCAACUCUUCUUAAAGCAUGUUCUGGGCCAUGUGGUUUUAUUUCCCGUUUUGAUUUGCUGCUCUUGGCACCAUUAUAAAGGUCAGCAUUUCCUGGCAAAACUGUCUUUAGUUUCUCUUAGACACAUUUUAAGGAGGCUUGGGUGGUUGUGACCUUGAGUUAGAAAGGCAAAGUUGAUAAAUCCAUGUUGUAGCUUAUUGUUGAAACAACACAGUACAAUAAGUGUACAGUGGUUUGAUUUAAUGCACCACACCUGCUAAAGAAAUAUUUUGCUUCUGCUGUAUAAAAAUGUGGAGAGAAUAAAAUGUGUGCAGAUGGCACGCAAAGUAAUGAGGAAGAUUACAGCACAGUAGCCCAAUUUGCGUCUUGCAGCAAGUCAAGCUAUGGCUUACUGGGACCACACAAACAUGAAGGCUUCUAUAAUGGGAGCUUGCAGCCACUUCAUUCCUUCCAUAUAUUUAUUGUUCGCUGGCCAUGCUGAGCUAAACUCGAGGUUUGGUUUAGCAUGUCAUCUGAACCUGGGCUUCUGUGUCAGUUCUCUCCUCGCUAUCCCUGAGGUCUGCCCACGGUUGUGGGAGUAAGGUUGACCUACUGGGACCUGCAAAUGAGGCCAAUAUAAGUGUCAAAUCAGAGGCAAGAUGCUAGAGGCAUCAUUUCCCUUUCUGCAGAGUGUCGAAAAGGGUGCCUGUUGUUCUAGCUGUCAGUUUGUAUCUGUUAAUAUCUGUACAGUUUUAACACGCAAGCUACAAUCUGCUUUGUAGAAGUAAAAACAAGAAAGAGUCUUGUGGCACCUUCAAGACUGACCAAUUUAUUAUGCCACCUUAUUGUGUCUGCUGCAAAAGACUAACAUGGCUGUCACCCUGGAAAGUAUGUACAAGUUGUUGCCAAAAGAUCAACUUUUGUUUUCCUUCACCUUUAAGUGACAAGCGAGCAGUUAUCAGAUUUAAUCCGGCCCUGUUCAAGCUGUUGCAGUGCGAAACAUUAGCUUGAUGUAAUUGCUGCAAAACUAAUUCAGUUGACAUCUAUGUAUUUUAAAAUUCUGCACAUAGAACAGCAUUCCUAGACAAGGUCACAGAGUCAAGUCUCAGAAUUGCUCCUCACUCAGCAAAUAUUUCCAUUAAGUACUCAUUGUGCUGUAUCAGGUGUCAAUAAAUUCCCCUACUCCAUCUGCAAACAUGCGUUGGCAUGAGAUAGUGUUAAAUUGCUGGUAUAUCCCUGCCCAUUAAUGUUAAGUGUUGCAAUUGUGUCACAUUCCAAAAUGAGUCCACCUUCCUGCCUAGCACUGUCUGCCCUUUACCAGAAGAUUUCUUCACCCUGCUUUUCUAGUCCAGAUGACCACUUUCAGGCUUCCUUGAAGAGUGGAAGGCCUUAAAUAAAAUAAAUGUUGGCACAACCUUCUACUUAUAAAGAGUCCUGACAGGUUUGAACAGCAUUGUAACGUUGAAUGCCAGGCCUAUCAUUUCCAUGCAAUAAACUAAAUCAUUAGCAAAUAUUUACAGAAAGCUAUCAAAAGUGCAACAUUCUGAGUGGAAUGCAAGUUGUGCUGUGACAAACAUUCCAUCUGCGCAAGCAUUUCACCUUGCCAGAAGGAAUGAUCCCACAGUUCUCUCCUGCAUGCUGUUCUGGGGAUUCUCCUGACCACUCUCCCAAGCCAAUUUCAGGGAACAGACAGGAUGUUGGGAGGGAGAGGGGAGCCCUGUUGCACAAGCAAAAGUCUUUGCACAGGGGUUCUUCUGAUGGGGUUGCUGGGUGAAUCCCACCCUCUGCACAUUGUGGUUUGUAACUAUUGUUUGCAAAUAUGUGCUAAUAAGAAAACGUUCUGGAGAAUAACGUAUAACUGAUUCAUUAGCUCUCUUCAGGUGCGCCAAUGUAGCAACAACACCCCGAAGUCAUCCAUCUUCCCACUGCUCUCAGUUGGGCCAGUCCACCAGGGUUUAUAUAUUUAUAAUUCUUAAAAACCCAUUUAAAAACAAAUCAGCUGAAUAUUAUAUAUAUAUAUAUAUAUAUAUAUAUAUAUAUAUAUAUAUAUAUAAAAUCAAUCAUGGUUAGAAUAGUUGAACUAAGGAAAAGUACAUUAGAUUCAUGUCACCAUUUAAAAAAAAUAAAUUUGUUUGUCGAGUCAUUACAUUUUUGUGUGUGUCUUGAAUUUGCAGGCAAUGCCCAAGUUGUUUCAAGAGGUCAAGUGGAAUACAAUAUUCGGUUUGGCAUUCGAUACAUGUGGUGGUACCACUUAGUUGGGCUUAUCUGGACAAGUGAAUUCAUUCUAGCAUGUCAGCAGAUGACUGUGGCUGGGGCAGUGGUUUCUUACUUCUUCAACCGGUAUGUGCAGCAUUUAUCUUCUUGCCAGGAGUUUUAUUUCUUAGUCUUUAUUUUCAAUCUGUUGUGAAAGAAAUUGUUUUCUUAAAAAGCCACGGAUGGUUGGACUUUGAAAGCUAAGGCUACAGUCCUACGCUCACUUAUUUGCCUGGUAGUAAACUCAGAAAUUACUUUGAGUAGUAUUGGAAUGCAAAGUUGGUUAUUCUGACAUUGUUAGAGAUGAACUGCAGCAAGAGCCACUGUAGCUUAGUUAACAGACUGUAAACUAAGCACUUUUUAUUUCAAAUGUGAACUAGAAAGAACUGUGAACUAAGCAGUUCUUACUUCGAAUGUCACUACGGGAUGAACUUAGUGGCUGCAUUUGAACAUAAUACACAACCAUAGCUUAGUGCUAUGUGAGUGAUAUUCGGGCUCAUGCACUCUCCACUCAUCUUCUCCAGUGCGUCUGUGGAGGAAAUCACAAGUAUUUGCUUCAGUUUUCGUUUAAUUGUAAUCUUUCACUGUAUGGUUAGUUUUAUCUGUUGUUUGUCUUAACAAACCAGCUUCAAGCUAUUGUUCACGAUCUUAAAUUGAUUAGGUAAAAUCAUAGUUCAAACUAACUUUAGUUCCUGAUUUGGGUGGCUUGACAAACAACAGUUAGUGGGAAACUGAAGCAGAUUGUUUAAGCUACUGUUUAGUGUUCUGUCCAAGCCAGGGUAGUAUUUUAUUUUAUGACGGCUACUAUCUCUCAGCCUUGAUGUGGAAUAAUGAAACUGAACUACUUUGCUGGCUUGUUGUAAUGAUUACUGAGAUAAUAUGUGUGAAACAUGUUGAACUCUCUAAAGUGAUACAUAAAUGCUUUGUAAGCGAACUGUGCACCACGGGUCUCUUAAUUGCGUAUGUAUGAGAGUAACUGUGAGGGAUAUGGCCAUUGCUGUAUGUUCUAGAAGUACCAAGGGAGCUUUAGCUUUAGCCAGUGGAUGAGAUCUAACAUAACAUUCACGCAAGGAGUCAGAAAGCUGAUGUUGUGCAAGCAGAAGCACACAAGCUUAACUGUCAUGUUGCACAACCCUUAUUGUUAUUAUAUGUAUUUCAUAAGUGCAAGACACCUAUUGGAAUCAGCUGAACGAAGCUUCUACUAGCUGUUGUGUGAGCAGGCUGCCAUAACUGGAUACCCCAUGCCUCUGGCACCAAUAAAACUGCAAUUCAAGCAGUAUUUGUUCUGUUUUAUCUCAGAAUGGACUGUCUAAUAGCCGGAAUUCAGUCAUUCCAGAAUAAUUCAUGUAUUGGCAAUCAUUUGUAAGCUGAUUUUCCACUUCUCUCUCCUUUUGUGAAGGUGUUAAUCAACCUUCAAAUUUUUUUCACUUCAAAGCUAUAAUUUGUGUCAUUCUGUACAAAUAUUAUCUUUAAUGACCUCUUAACAAGAACUCUGUUACAUUUUGACAAAUAGUUUAUUUAAAGCCUUUUUUAUUUUUGUGAAAUUAGCAACUCAUCCUCUAUUACAUUCAUAAACUUUCAUUUUCUACAUGCCAUACAUAAUACUGUUCUUCUUGCAAAGUGAUAUGUUCUCAGCUGUCUGAAGUAAUUUAGAUCCCAUAAGAGGGUAGCUUGUGCAAGCAAUUUUUCAUACUUGAAAAACCUGUCUGGCUUGUGCAAGCUUGUCUCUAUGUGUGAGGCUGAUUUGUUGGGUUAUGCCCAUUGUCAGUUUCACUUUACAUAUGAUUCAUUCUUUAAAUUUUGAAUGUUCCCAAAUGUUAGUGGUGUAAUUCCUGCUUUUUUAAAUGCCCACUCAUAUAAUAGAAUGAGUGCUUAUUUGAGGAAUGUUGCCUUUGGGAAGAAAGAAUGCUACUGGCAUUGUCAGUUGUGAAGUAAGGUUGAGAAUGGUAGGUGUUUUUAGAAUGUUCAUGGAGGUAUUUGUAUUCAUAGUAGUUCUUCCAGCACGUUUUUCUGCUUAGGAAAAUCACUGUGUGCUGAUUUCAGUAAGAAUUUGUUUCAAAAUAUCACAUUUGUCUCUCUACAACAUAUGUACUGGUCUUACAUCAUGCUGUUAAUGACAGACUGGGCCACUAGAGGGCACAAGAGGCACAUAGACUGAGCCAAGGCUCUGAAUCCACCUCAGAGCCCAUAUUGGUCUCCUCACAAUAUUUCUCAAACUUGGGUCUUUGGCCGUUGUUGGACUACAGCUCCCAUCAUCCCUGACCACUGGUCCUCCUAGCUAGAGAUGAUAGGAGUUGUAGUCCAACAGCAGCUGGGGAUCCAAGUUGGAGAAACACUGCCUCAGGGGACAUGCCAAGAGGACUCUCCCUCCCUCCCUAGCACCAAUGGAAGAUUUUUAUUGCAGAUGAGACAGAGGAAGAGAGAAAAAAUAAACAAAUAACAUUCUCCUACCCAUGGUUUUUCCAAAAGGACAGAGUGUGAAUUAUUAUGACCCUUUUGAGGGUUUUAGAAGCCAAGGAAGAAAGAACACACUGUGGUAUUUUGGGAGAGAACUGAGGCAGUGAGAGGGAAGAUUUUGUAGUCCAUGUGCACCAGCACAUGGCACUUUCACUUGUAAACCAUGAUUUAGCAAACUAGGUCAUAUAGAAAUGACUAUAAAAAAUAGUCAUUUCUAACACUAUUGUUAUAUUAUAUUAUUCCAUUCAUCCAUCCAUCCAAUUUGACCCCAGUUAAUAGUACAGGUCAGGGUUGACUUAAUUCAUGCAAGCUAGAGAUAUUGAUCUCACCAGUCCUUUCCCAAGGGUAACAAGCAUGCCUUCUCUCCUCGCACUCUCCCCUUCUGAUAAAGUGCACCACUGUGACCUUCAGAAUGGCUUUGUUCCUUUGGCACAUCUCUCAAAGCAAGAGCCAUCAGAUGAGAGUGGGUGUUUGUCUGCUCUACACUGUUUUCUCUUUUAUAAUGCUAGAUGAUGUAUGUUAGCAUUGAAAUUCAUGUAUUUGCCAAGGAGAACGAGCCACCCUACAGUGUCGGUCCCUCUUUCUAUGAUUUGCUUUGCCAGCACAUAGAGGUAUUUAAACCAAUGCAGCAGACUAAUGCGUGUAGAAAGAUGAAGCAAGAAUGCUAUCACACGCUUUUGGGCAGUAGUACGGUAUGUCACAAGAGCUUUGUUUAUCACAUCGCACGCAGAGCCUUUCUCUUUAGCUAGUAAGCAUUUACAGGAAAUAGAGCAGCCUUUACCUCAGCAAACCUGCUUCCUCACUACACAAAGCAAUCUAUUAGGCACUUUGCAGUCUCUCCAUAAGCGGAAUUAAAAGUGGGGAGGGUGGAGAGUUGUUUCAGCUGGAUUAGCUUCACAGGGGUCGUCUGUUUGACCUGAAACUGUACUUUGCUUUCUUUUAUUUUAGGUAGAAGAUGCAUUCUUUAGAGCUGUUCAUAAUUUAAUAACAGAUAUACAGCUUCUCUACCACCUACUCUUUCAUGAUUUGUGAAAGCAGAAUUCAGUAUUUUGAAAUCUGCCUUUAAAAAGAACUUCAUAUUGUGAGGUUGCAUUUUAAGCUUUCAGUUUAUGGUGAGUAAGGAUGCAAAUUUGGUACCUUUAAAUGAGUGGCAGCGCAGCUGAGUGACUAAUAAGUGGGUAUGAGCUGAAAUCCCAACUCAGGCCUAAUUUCAUUGGUUGACACUGGGGAAGUCUGUAAAAGUGGUAAUAAUACUCUUGCUGUUAUUUCACGUUUAUUUCAAAUCAGAAAUAUAUAGAAGGCAGCAAAGGAUUGUUAGGGUGAUAGUAGUGGGGAAGAGAUGCAUUGCUAGCUUCGCUUUCCAUUAAAAAAAUUCAGUGCCUGAAAAGUGCUAGUAGACCAUACCAUAAGAUUGUAAAGUUCUAUGGUGCUAUGGAAUGAGAUACCUCAUGCUUGUAUUUCACAGAGGAAAGGGAGCUUCAUUUCACAAAUUUUUAAAUAUAUUUUUAUUAUGUAGACAAAUCCACAGUCAAUUUUGUGAGUGUAGAUUAUUUUAUUUACUUUAUAACAGCACAAGGAACAGGGCACAUGCCACCAUGAAACUAUCUCAGCAAGCAGGAAAUCAGCUCAGAAAAUUCAUGUUGUAAAAGUGUCUGCAACAGCAUCAGGGGUAUCUUCUUCUCUUAAGAGUCCUCUUAACAGCCGUGUGGUACUGCCCAGUUGAACUUAGCCCAAUGCAGUAACCAUGUGUCUCCACUGCCCAGUACUAACUCAGCAUUCUUAUUAGAUGACUUUGAUUUUUUCUCUGCAGUUGAGUGACGUCGUUUGGGUUGAUAUACCAGUUGAUGACAUUUCCUGAGCUAUAUUAGCUCUACCAGCUGUCUCUUAUCUUGCAUCUUUUGCAUUUUUGGUUCGAUCUUAGAUAAAAGGAAAGUCUUUGUUCUGUUUUUUGACCUGCUUAGAGCCCAUAAAGCCGUGAAACAUUAUCAGAGCCUGUUCUCUUCAGUUUUCCUUGGCUGGAACCAGGCAGUUGAAGAAUUUGUUAUAGACUUAUCCAAACACACUUCAAAAUUUACCAUUUGACUACAUUAAUGAACACACUUUAGGUAAUCUUACAAGUAAAAGGUAAUCAUACGAAUACAAUUCCUUCUUGUGCUUUCAGUAAGAAAUUAAUUAUUAAUAAAUGCAUAAUCCUUGCCUUUUUUGCAUGUCAUAUGCUUGGUUAAUAUAUUUUUUAAUAUAUUCUGCAGUUAUAUUUUCUCUAGGUGUUUCACAUGUAAGCAUUUAUGAAGAGACAUUUGAUUAAGCUAAAUUCAAACCGAGAUAAAGAUCUAUUUCAGAAACAUAAGAAUGAUGACUUUUAGAAAGUAUGUCAAUGUACUUAUUUUACAUAGAAAUCCAGCACUUACCCCCAAAAUGUUCCCCUGGCCUGAAGAACUGAAAUGAAUGCAUACCAUUUUCCUGGUAUUUCCUAUUGAAAAUAAUGUGGUGCAUGCAUAUAUAAAUAUAGCCUUAUAGCUGUAGUGUAGCUAUUACUGUGGAAAGGCUGUAGGGAUUGUAUUACUAUGAUACCUACCUAGGCUGACAUGGCUAUGUCUAUUUAAAUUCCUGCUUAGGUGAAGAUUUAAUAAAAAUAUAUUUACAGAACUUCAGUUUCAUACUUCACCCAUUGGCUCUUGUUCUUUUGCGAACACUGCUCCUAUUUUGUAAAGGUCAUGGCAGAAAACACUUGAAAGAGUGAACAUUUUAAAGUGUGAUUCUCAUUUCAUUCAUUCUUGAGGCUUGUUUUGGAUUCAUAUUAAUGCAAGCUUGAACUCAAAUAAUACUUGAGAAGUUCUGUUACAAUUGUGUCCUGCGAUUCCCAUUAAGCUCACCUUCAAAAGCCAGCUCACAGAAAUCUAUGGUUUGAUCUUUCUCCCUCCCCCCCAUCCAUUAUAAUGCUAUAGUCAAUCCUAAGCAGUAAAGUCCUCAUUUCACCAUUAGCAGUACUGCAUACCAGUUUUAUAGUUUUUUGGAAAGGAGGCCUAAUCUUAUAUUUAAUAACUGAAGAGAAGAAGAAUUAGAGUUUAUAAUGAAAUGGCAAAUAGGGACUAAUCAGAUUAGUGGGGGGGAAAGAGAUUAGCUAAAAACUGUAUACUACAAAUUUCAUAUCGGCUUUUCCCUAUUUAGAGCUCUAUUAAAAUCUUCUCCAGUUUUUAAUUAUUUGUUUACUUACAGUAAUUAGACUCCUAAUAAAAAUGUUUCCAAGUGGGACACAGCAUAUUAAAAACAGGAUAAAAUUCACUAAGCUUAAGGUCCUGUAGAACAGAAUCAAAAGCAGAAGCACUAUUCCCUGAAUGUUUGCCUGAGUAAAAGCGUUUUUAAUAUGCCAUAGGCAGUUGUAGCAUAUCAGGAGAUAGUGUGUGCCAUAACACUGAAUGCCCUCUUAUGAAUAUUUCUCAAACAAACCUUGGAAAGCAUGUGUCCUUAUCUAUACAGUGGUACCUCGGGUUACAUACACUUCAGGUUACAGACUCCACUAACCCAGAAAUAGUACCUUGGGUUAAGUACUCUGCUUCAGGAUGAGAACAGAAAUCAUGCUCUGGCGGCACGGCAGCAGCAGGAGGCCCCAUUAGCUAAAGUGGUGCUUCAGGUUAAGAACAGAUCACCAGAACGAAGUAAGUUCUUAACCCGAGGUACCACUGUACUUUGACAGAUUUUAAGCUCAGAACAAAUUAUGCUACAUUAUUGUAGCACAAUGGGACCUCCCGAACGAAUUAAGUACUUAACCUGAGGUACCACUGUACAUAUGUGGGUUUUUGGUCUCACUGGGGGCCACACCACUCUUUUUGCAGCAGAUCUGUUUACUCAAAAGAUGGGUUCUCCUGUGCCCAUCAGAUCAGGGAAAGUGGUGACCAUGCAAAUUUCCCCAGGGCUCUACUAAGCAUGUAAAACUGCAUUUUCAUUCAGGGAAUUUCCUAAAUGCUUGUGAAGGUUAAUUUCCAUAGAGUAUUCCACAGUGUAUUAUUCAGAGAAUAGGAUUGGAUAGCACAGUUGUUUUUGAGUGGUUUGUAGCACCCAGCACUGUCACAAAUAUAGUGGAGCUUCUGGAAUGGCAGGGUUGAGAGCAUGUAAAUUAUAAUGGCCUUAAAUAUAUAUGCAUCCAAUUUGAUGGCACGUGGGCUCAAUUCAGUUUUUCAAAGGUCAGUAGAUACAGGACUUCCGUCAUAAUCGGUUAACAAACUAUGAGAUGCCGAUCCUAAUAGCUAUAUUGUGUUUCGUUUUAUCACCUGUGUAGUUUUACAUGUUUGUUUUUCGUUCUAGAAAUAAAAGUAAACCACCAAGUCAUCCAGUCCUGUCUUCCAUAUCAAUUCUUUUUUGUUAUCAUCUGGGAACAGUUGUGAAAGGGUCCUUUUUAAUCACAAUAGUGAGAGUCCCAAGGAUUAUUCUAUUGUCAAUUUAUAGCAUCCUGGAAAAAAAGGUAGGCUUGUACUUUAGUUUUGUAAUGCCAUCAUAUAGCAGUUAAUGCAUCAAGGAGCAGAAAGUAAUGAUAUCUGAGCAUCAUUUCCCACUCUUGUAUUUAUUUUUUACUUACUUAUUUAUUGAGCUUUAUAGCUCAAUAUCAUCCCGAUUCCAAAUGUUCACAGCAGGUUACAAAGUUCAAGAGACAACAUUUCCAUUGUGCAUUCUUAAAAGUCUCCACCCCUUGAUGGCUUACCUAUAACCUAGGGGUGAGGAACCUCUGACUUGUGUGCCUAAUUAGUUCCCCACCCCUGCCUUCACCUCUGGAAACCAACCUAAACAGACAGAUUUUGACAAAAGAAGUAUUUAGGGUUUCAUGGAUUAGAACUGGAACUUUGAAUUAUGACUGUGAAGAUAGUAUGGAGAUAGUGGAAUUAUGAACACUAAAGUAAUUCAUUUUCCUCACACACCCUCCUUAGGCACAAAGCUGCCACAUUCUGAAGAAGCUAAAGCUUCUGAAUAGUUUACAAGCACAAUACCAUUUUGAAUGUUGGGGACUGUUCAGGAAAAGGCUGAUGGCACAAAUCAAGAAAAUGCAAUGCUUAUUACAGGAAUUAAUUUUGGAUUUAAUUUCUAAUUCCCAGCAUUUUUAUUUUUAAAAUAUCCUGAAUCCUUUAAACAUUUUAUUUACAUUAAAGUAAUAAAAAAUAUUUUGUGUUCUGCUCAUCUCUGUCACAUAAUGUAGUUAUUAAAAGAGCUUUUCUAGCUUUUAUUUUCCUCUUCUAAAGGAGAAUAAAUAGUAUUGAAUGGCAGUGGCUUUUGUGAUCUGUUCAGAAUGUUGUAAUAAUGUAUAGCAAUACAUUGGAGAUCACUGCAUAAUUGUAAGACUAAGUUUCCCAGAAAGCCUGUUAUGGGAAUUUGGUCUACAAAUAAAGGAGACAGGAUGCUGCUAAAACGUCUGGAUCAUACCAAUGUUUCAGUAAAAGUUCUAGUGAUCUUUCCUAUACAGAAUGUCCUACUUUGCACUGAGACCCUGUUUUCGGGUAUCAAUCCCAAGAACAUAACAGGCUAUCUAAUACGCUGCUGCUGCUGCUGCUGCUGCUGCUGCUAGUAUAAACAUUUAUUUACUGCCUGUCUGAAGAUCACAUCCAAAAUUAUGUUUCUUAUGGUCCAUAGAGCUCCUUGUACUGUACAACUGUCCUACAGGUUUUGCAGUUGCAACAGCUUUCUUUUGGAAGGAAUUCCCCUUCUCUCUCUCCCCCCCCCUUAAGAAAUAAGACAAUAUGCAGCUGUCUGGGUGUCAAGCUGCAAACUAUAUUUGCUAAACACACAGCAUUAAGCCUUUCUGUUUCUCUAUUUUCUAAGCAGAUGGAAACUUAACCAAAAUUAUUCACAGGCCUGAUCUACAUGUCUUGUUAAGGCACAGUUUGUCUUAAACCAUAGUUUAAUUGUGAAUGUGCCUCCCCCUCAUACAUGGUGCCUGCAUUGUCUCGAGGAAGCCAUAAUAUGACUUGUCAUGUUGUCCGAACCCAAACCAUGGUAUGUCUGUUUCAGACAAAACACAAGAAAUACGCCAGGACUAAACCAAGAACAUAACACAACAGAGGUGGUAACUACAUAGCUGAUGCAGAAGUACUUCAUACUGCUUUCUGACAAUGGGGGUCCUGGAAUAAGGAAAACUUAAUUUGGAGCAGUUCUUUUGAUUAUGCACAUUGUGUGUUACCAAAUGUAACCUGUCUUUAAAAUGCAGUUGCCACAGUCUAGCAGUUUCUUGUGCAUACAGAAACUCUUCUGCCAAAUGAAAAUCCAAAGUGCAACCAUUUCCCUAAAUAUUUCAUAUUUGGGGGAGAUGAUAUCACAUAUUACUUCUGCACACAUGGAAGCAUGGGAUGCACUAUGAUUUCACAACAUGUAAAUAUAAAACACUAGCUUUGCAAAUAUGUUUCUGGCUUUGACAACUAAUUAGUGCUGUUUCCCACUGCAGAAGAAUACAUGUGCAAGAUGCAUAUUCAAAUGCUGCUGUUGCUGUUUCUGGUGCCUAGAAAGAGGCCUAAGAUGCUUAAACCAGGUAUGUUAUAUCAGGUGAAGUUUUGUAUAGAUACUUGGUUUUUUUACUGCAAAAAAUCAGAAUGAAAAUGGAGGUUUUUAAGGAAAAUACUUCAAAAGUUAUUUAAUUUUUACUUGCUCAGAUUAGCAUUGGUUCAGAAAUGCUAAUUCUGUUGGUCACUAUCACAGCUGUAUACUGCGACUGGCAUGUUUGUCACAAAAAUAAGCAUUAUCUACUACUAUGGUCUUUGAGGAGUAAACAAUUGUGUGCUUGGUUGAUGCUACCACAUGAGAUUUUUGUGCAUGCUUUGCUAUCCUUAGAGUCUGUUGGCUCUCAAAGUAGCUACAAGACAGAUUAGUCCCAAGUCAGAUAUAUGACAAUUGUUUGUACUUAUCAGCAAUCUCUAUCUUCAUAUAUCCUUCUUGUUUUUUAUUAUGUUAAAUCUUUGAUGAUAUAAGUUAUGAAAAUGCAUUUUUGAAUGGGUGUUUAUAGGAUAACUGGGUGGUUUUGCUACUUAAAAUUAUGCUUGAAAUUAUUAUAUAGAAUGUUUUCUUAAUGUUUCCUUGACACAAUUAUUUUAUAGAGUUACGUAACUUCUCUUAUCUGUUUUGGGCUUUUUUUAAAAAAAGAAAUGUGAAAUAUUGUAUAAUAAAUAAUCUGUGUAAAUGCAAAAUUGUAAUUUCAUGAAUCCAGUCUGCUAGUCAUACAAAAUAUUUAGUAUCAUCCUAUUUUUGAUGGUUUUAAGAAAGAACAAUUAAGUCUAAUCAGAAACUUCUGUAGGAAGAUGCAUUUUCCCUUAUAGUCAGUCUCCUAGUUUUCCUCUAAUUACCAUCUCAUUUUUUCAUACCUUACUGUUGUGGAUUUUAUUUAUUUAUUUAUUUAUUUAUUUAUUUAUUUAUUUUGCAGUAGUGAUAAAUUGAGGUUGUUAGGAAUUGUAGUCUGGAGGAUCUGGAGGCAGCAUGCUGGUGAAAGCUGCACGUGGUUAUGUGUCUCAUUGAAUAAUUAAUUAAGCAAUUAAGCAAUUUUUAUUCUCUCUCGCCUUCAGCAAAACUGGUCUCAUGGUAGCUACACACAACUCUGUGAGACAGGUUAGUUAGGCUGAGAGAGAGUGGCUAGCUAAAUGCCACCCUUUGAGCUCUGGAGUUUUCAGCCUAGGUCUUCCUAAUCCUCACUGUGCUAUUGAUUAAAGUUCAGUAAGAUGGCACACAGAUUAUAAAUGAUGUACCAUGCUGGAGCUGUGGUGUAUUCUCCCUGGAUAUAGGUAGACUACUUACGACAGGUAGGCAGACUACAAAUAGGAACAAAAGGGUGUCUGAAUGAGCUGAACUAUUCUGUACCUGGGUUGGGACAAUUCUGUAUGCGGCAUGGAUUGAGACCAACCAGCUUGUAUGAGCAAACCAGAGAAGCUAAAUACAAUCACGCCUGACCAGCUUGUUUUUGGCUUCUUUUAAAAGAAGAUUUUGUUGCUAUGGCUCUCCUCUUUUCACUGAGCUCAUUUUUAAUAGAGUCCUAGAAUGGAAGACUGAAUUCAGCUGUUACACAAAGUUGCAAUUAUUCUUCAGAAGCAGGAAACUUUAGGGCUUGGACCUGUGCCACAGGGCUUUUCUCAUGAAGCUAACAGGUCAGUUUUUCCAAGACCCUUGACAUUCAUUCUGUGUUGUGAAGUACAGAGGGAUGUUUUUCCCCCCUAAGUACUUUUUUUGUGUCUACUGUGCUAUUUCAAAAUAUGUAAACAAUCCCAUUCCUUAUUUAUCUGUGAGAAAUAUAGUCUUUGGUUCCCAGGCACUGGAACAUAGGGGCUGAAUUUCUUCUAAAAGGGAGUUGUAGGAUAGUAACUUAUUUAUUUAUCACCUUCCACACAGAUCUCAAGGCAUUGUGCAAAAUGCAAUAAAAACAUCUGAAUAACACACACACACACCAAUAAAACCCCAACACAGGAAAUAACAGCAGAUAUAUCAGAGACCUAUUCAUCCAGCUAGGAAAGCUUCUUAGAACAAACCUGUCUUCAGUUGUUUCCAGAAAGUUCAGAUAGUGGGCGUCUGUUGUGUCUCGACAGGAGUGCUGCUCUGCAGAACAAGGCCCUGCUCCGAGUCUCGGUGGAGUGGGUUUCUGGUAUCUUUAGAACUUGAAGGAAAAGCUAUACUGUAGACCACAGUGACUUACUGGGUAUAUAAAGGAUUAAGUAGUCUCUCAAAUGCUUUGGGUGUAAGUGUAACUGAAUUGUCUGUGUUCCAGACUUGCUAGUUUGUACUUCCGUUGCAAUUUUGGUUAUCUUGGUCUAUGGACUUGCGGUGAACAUAUGAACUAGCAAAGGAUUUAAGUCUUUAACAAAACAUGUUUAAAUUGUCAAAACGACAAAGAAUCUUGUUAGUUUGUUUCGACUACGGCAGACCAACACGGCUACCUACCUGUAAAGAAUCUUGUGUUACGUUAAGGACUAACAAAUUGUUUUAUUUGCUAUGCUUGUUAGUUGCUUGUUACACAGAGGUAUCCAAGACUUAAAAUAUGUUUUAAAAAAUUAUAAUAUUGACACAUUCGUACUAAAAUGCAUGCAAUUUAUAGAAAACCUACAACAACAUCCCUCCAUAUCAGCUGCAGGAAGCUGUGGCAGCACAGUAAAAGCAAAUACAUCAUCAUAAUAGUCCAUCAACAGCCUGGUGGGGGAGGAGUGAGUUAUGUUUUUACCAGGCACCGUAAAGAUGUCAGUGAAGGUACCAGGCAGAUCUCAAUAGGGAGAAUGUUCCGCAGAUGGGGGCUGCAACUGUAAAGGCUGUAGUUUUCUGUAAGUUUUCAUGGAUUUCAUUUCACUUGAUAUAAGUCCACAGAAACAUAUUUCAAAAUAAAUGGUCGAUCUUUAAAGUGCCACAUGGAUCUUAGGUUUUUUUUUGCUGCAACCAAUGAACUCUGUCACCCCUUUAGAAAUUGCUAAAGUAGUCAGCUACCAAUAGAAUUCAUGUUUGCAAGUUACGUUUCGUUUGAUUUUUCUUCCACCUCCACUGCUAUAUUAAGUGCAAUGAUGUACAUUCAUUAAAUCAAAGCCCAAAACUUUCCUAAUUAUGAAAAGAAAAUUCAAAUAUGGGGCAUAAAUCUUAGUCUGAGCGACACUUUUCAGCAGAUGCUGAGGAAUUUUUCAGUUUCAAAAAAGCAAACUAACUGUAAUGUAUUCAAAUCCCAAAUAAAUAUGGAAAACUAUAAAUUCUUUUGGCAGAAUCACUUUGCUUUCUGCUAAUCUCUGUUAAGAAUGCCAAUAUGGGAUGGCUUUUUAAAAAAUAGUUCAAGAAUGAUGUAAUUCUUUUUCUUUUUCUCUAAACAAAAUACGACUGCUUUCAGACGGCUGAAAAGAAUAAUUGUACACAGUUUCACACAUUCCUUUUUCAUUUAUAUACCCACUUUGUACUUCAGUAACUAAAUCCUUGAGGAAUGCUGGGCAUUGAUCUUCAGAGAUUUAAAGAAAACUGUUUAAUUUGUGGUAAGAGGUUUAGCUGUAUUUUUUUUAACUUUGUUAACCAUUUCAGUUAAGAAGAAGUUCUAUGGUUUUUGAAAAUUGGGUUCAAAGAUUAUUCAAGAUAUUUUUCAUAGAAUUAUGGAAUACUUUUGUCAAAUCUGAUUUUGAAGUAACUUUGGCUGGGUUAAGAUUUCUACCUUCUACUUUUCAUUCUCCUUCCUUCCUUUUUUAAAAAAAACUAAACCAAUUUACAUUCUAAUUACAGAAUGCAUACACAGCAACAGCCAUAAAUGGGACAUACUUUUGGACCUCAGCAGAAGAUGCUGCUGUUAUUUUAUCAAAAAGUUCAGCUAAUGCCACAGCAAUCAGCUGCUUCAGUGACUUUGUUAUAUUUCUAGGAAAGGUAAAACCUUAUUAUCACUGUGCCAUUGAUUAUUAACUGAAAAUACUGUCUUGUCAAUAUUUUGUGUAACAAUGGAAUUCAAAAAUCUCAAAGCUCAGUUCUCCUCUCAUGGCAAUUAAUAUUGCUCCUUACUUGAAAUCUCCCCUAAUCAGUACAGUAUAAUAUAUAGAAAUAAAUUAGGAUUCAUGAGUGAUGUUUAUAGAGAAAUAACAAAGUUUGAAAUUUUUAAGUAAACAGGGAAGUCCUGUUUGAGUUGGGUUGGGCAUUCUGCAAUAUUGUGACUUGGCAUUAUAUGAGUUUGAGUUGCAGUGCCUUUCCUUUGCGCCCUCCCUGACUUCCUAUUUUGUGUGAGUCAGAAGGGCAAGCACUAGGAGAAAACUAAUACCCCACCUGAGGACAUCUUAAGAAUACCUUACAGAUAAGACCAGUGGUCCCUUUGUGCACACUGUAGUUUCUCCAGUCCUGUUGUAGUAGCAAGCUGGCGAAUUGUUGUGAUGUUAUAACUCAGAGGGAAUCAGGCUGCACAAGGAGAGGAAGGAGAUAAUCGCACAAGCAUGAGGCUUGUUCAUGUAAUGCCAAACCAUAAUUUGCCAUUACAUCUGAAGCAAGCAUUGGAAAAUGGUGCUGCUUUCCUCAAGCAGUUAAUAGUCUUAAUUUAAUAUAAUAUACAGAUAAGAAUUAAAAAGAACAAAGCAAACCAUUUUGCAAGCAGAGGGAAGGUUUGAAAUAAGACAUUCCCUGUAAUCUUUUGAAUGCAAUAAUCUCUAAAUGCUAAAUACACUUAAAUGUUUUGGUCAUCUUUGGUGAGUGAAGUCUUCAAUAGCUUCUUCUGAAAUAUAGUCUCUACAUUUAUUUUCAUACAGGUGUUUGUGAUAUGUUUCACAGUUUUUGGAGGUUUGAUGGCAUUUAACUACAACCGUGAAUUACACGUUUGGGUAGUUCCACUGCUGCUGGUUGCUUUUUUGGCUUAUCUCAUCGCCCACAACUUCUUAUCAGUAUUUCAGACAAUAGUGGAUGCCCUAUUGCUUUGCUUUGCUGUUGACAGAGAAACAAAUGAUGGAUCUGCAGAGAAGCCUUACUUCAUGGACCAAGAAUUAAUGGUAAGCAGUUAGACAAAACUUUAGCUUGGGCAAGUAAGCAGGCACUUCUGUAGGUCUGUUCACACCGGAAUAAUCUUUGCCAUGUCUUUGGCCACAGAGGUGGAGAUGAGCCUGGUCUCAGUCACCUUCCUGGGGUUGGGGAGAGCUUCACUUAGAGGAGAUGGAAUUGAAGUUGCAUCAGUGGUUCUGCCUCUGCCUUAAGGCUAUGCAAUAACAGUGAGGUGGGACUCUCUUCAGGCAACCCAUUAGGUCCCUCCCCAGCAUCCAGAUCAGCUCCUUCUAGACAGGGUUCAACUCCACAUUCUCACUCCAGUCCUUUGGAGUGAGAGCAGCCCUGCCAAGAAGUCUCUACAGGGCUUAUGACAGAAUCAGAUUGGGUUUACAUCCAGAUAAGUGUGUGUAGGAUUACUGGCUUAAUAUGAUGUGCAGUACAAUCUGUUGCACGUUUACUCAGAUAAUCCCUAUUAUGCUCAGUGGGUUUUACUCCCAGGUGUUUGUAGGAUUAAAGCCUUAAACAAUUCCUUCUAUUGUUGACCGCAUCCUGUGAUGUAUGUAUGAUUCUUUUAGGGUGGUCUUUGGCUAAGGGGUUGGGCAGUUUCAAAAGUCUUUAAAGGUUCCUGCAUACUUGGUUCUUGGUCUCUCUUACCUCUGUGCAAGGGGAGGAGAGAACUCUGUUGCAACAGAAAAAUAAAGAUCUGCCUUGCUUUCACUUCAUCCUGCCUCCACCCAUUCAUCGAUGACCGAACAUGGACCUGGGGGACUCAGUCCCUUGGGGAGUUGGGCAGCAACAAGUCAACCCCCCCCCUUUUUCUACAACACAUCUUAAGGUAUAAAAGCUAACAACAUAAUCCUAAACAGAUUUAACAGGAAACCAGUCCCACUUAUUUUCAGUGGGUCCUCCUGCUAAUAUCCUUAGCAUUUCAGCCUUAAGUACCAAUUCUAUAUGUUUAUACAGAUAAAAUCACAUUCAUUUUAAUAGGAGUUCCUGAUAAUUGUGCUUAGGAGUAUAGUUUUAAUUAUAUAUUUUAAAUAUAUACCAACAUUUCUUGGUGUGAGAGUAUGCAAGUGUUUGAGUAAAAAGUUGGUCCGGUAGAACAUGAAAUGCAAGGCCAACAGAACAGCACUGAUGUUUUCCUCAACUGUUCUUCUAUCAAGAGGUCUAGAAAAGGACAACCAAAUUGAUCAAGGAGGUGGAGAAACUCCUUGAUCGUAACAUUUGGGGCUUUCUAGUGUAGAAAAAAGGUGAGUUAAGAGGAGACGCAAUCGAGGUAUAUAAAUUUAUGAAGAAAGUGAAUGAAAAACACUUUCCUCCCUCAUAACAUUAAAACUCAGAAAUAUCCAAUGAAGUUGAAUAUUGGAAAAUUUAGGGUGGGGGAAAACAUACUACUACACACACUGAAUAUUUAAACCAUGGAAUUCACUUUGAGAAUGUGAAAGGCCACUUGGGUGGCUUUAAAAGAUUAGACAAAUGCAUGGACAGUAAAGCUAUAGUCUGCCUCCACUGUUGGAGAUAGCAUGCCUCUGAAUGCCAGUUGCUGGGAAUCACUAGUGAGGAAAGUGCUAUUGUGCUGAAGUCCUACUUUCAGACUUCCCAUAGGCAUCUGGUUGGCCACUGUGACAACAGGAUUCUAAAAUAGUUGGGCUGCUAGCCUCAUCCAGCAGGUGAUUCUUGUGUUCUUAAGGGCAGAUAUUUUCCUUUUGCAAAUAUCUGUAUUACAGCAGAAAACAUCAGCUUUGGCUAAAAAGAAUCAGAAGUAGGCUGUCAAUCAACUGGUUGUUUUGUUCUUUGUAGAACUUUUUGGAUCAGAGCAGCAAGUUUGCAGAGAACACACAUGGAAAUAAAAAUAUCCUUCAUAACAAGGAAUAUGGCACAGAACUUCAGCCUAUGGUAAGAAACAAGUAAAUGCCAUAAUAUAUGGACAUCAAAUAACAAGGUGUAUUUUCUUUGCAGUACAAAUGUAUUUUAUACUUUGUGUUUCCAGUACAGUACUUCUAGAGAAGGGAGGAGGAUACUUUUGGAAGAAUUAUUCCUAAUUUCAGAGUGGGAUAUUUUGCUCGUGUAAGCAGAACAUGCUUUAGCAUCAUCUUUCUGUUUGAAAGCCAAGUAUAGUGGGUUCAUGAGCAUAGCGCUACGUUCUGAUAUGUAAUCUUCCCAGACCAUAUUAGGUAUAUACCGGAGGAUUAGGUUGCCAUGACCUGUUUCUUCAAUGUUGCUAUAUUCUUCCAUUGAAUAAUGUAAUUUUCCUUAAGCUGUAUUCUACAUAUUUACCAUAAAAAGGAGGGAUACUGUCUGCUUGUGUGUUAAUGAGAUCAAGUUUUAAAAUCAGCAACAAAAACAGCACUAACCAAUUGCUGUUUUCCCUGUGCCCCCUCUUUUACAUGGGCAUCUUUAAGGUAGUGCACAGAUAAAGUAUAUAAUAUGUAUUUUCUCCUAAAAAUAGUAGCAGCAUCUUUAAAAUGUUUCUGACAUAAUUUCACUCUAGUGUCCACUUAAAAAAAUAGAAUUUUUGAAACAAACUAGUGUAUCUGUAGCAUAAUUGACUUGAGUUUUUUAAAAAUUGGGGUUUUUUCUGUGCAUGGUUUUUACAGUAGCAGCCAUCUUUUUUCUGCCAAAAUAGUUUUUGCCAGGAAAGAAAAACUGCACUUAGUGCUCAUGUUGUAAGCCCUGACAGAGCUUAGGCUCUGCAUAUUUUUUCUUUUCAGAACUUUCUGGUGCAUGGAAAUAAGCCAGUCAGGCAGUCUGGAAGUGUGGUUUUAAGUUUAUUGUGUUUAUGAAUGGCUGUACUUGGCUUUCUCAUUGUAUGUGGGUCUUUGAGUAUUUUUGCCAAAACAAAAGACACACGUACGCCAGCAGAAUAAUCUGAAGUAUUAUUUCUACGCCAAUCUUUCUCUUUUUAUCUCUUCAUAUGCUUUGUGUUGCUUUACAGACUUUGUCUUACCAUUAUGACUAAUCCAAUGCAUUUUUCAUUUUUCCUAACUAUAGGCCAGAACUUGAGAUGGUUCUAAAAGUACACAGCAAAAACAGCAAAAUUCAGAUAAAAGUGAAGGCUACCAAUAUUUUGAGAUAAAUUAUCUCCUAAAUCAGUUUGUACCUCUUGCACUGGAAGAGAUGAUCAACUCACUCUAACUCUGUGAAAAACUAAAAAAAUCAUUAUGUAUGGUUUUAUUGAAAUAGUAUUUAAAGAUGUUUUAUACUAAUUAUCAAAUCUGCUGUAAGUUUUUUGCACUUCGACAUGAUAAAACCGUCUUUUUGGCAUAAAGCCCCUUAAGAAAGUAAAAUGAAAUUGAUUCAGCAACUUUUAUACAAAGGUAACUCACAAUUUACGUUCAUUUAAUUUGUGUGCAUUCAGUUUUAUGCACUUAGCAAAAAAAAACUGUAGAAAAAGGGUUGGUGUCUGAGGAAAAGGCUUUGGCAAUCCCACCUGCCAUUGAACCCAAUGUGUUUUUAUUACACUUCCGAUUUUGGCUUUGCAUCCUAUCCCUGGAAUGUAGGCACAGCGUAAGUUGGGAGUCACCUGUAUACAAUGCACCCUGGAUAACAGCUAAACUGUGAAUAAUCAUGUCAUAGAUUAAGAAGCAGUGCUAGUUAGAGGGUCCCCUAUGGUAAGGAGUACGUUGUGGAAUCAUGUUAUCUAGGAAUUUUUGGUAAUGUUCAUAUGAUUAGGUUCCUUCCAUUGCAGUCCUUUAUGGAGAACAUUGUGCAUGUCCUAAAUUAACAAAACCAUUGAUGUCCUGAAGAACAAUUGUAUCCUGCAAAGGAGAAUCAGUGAUCAGUCAAGAAAGCAAGUCUUUAACAACAAAGACCAAGAGGUUGGAAAUAUGUGCUGUAUGCAUUCCUUUUAUUUUGGCAUCCUUCAAGGGACAAAGCCUCAUUAAAUUAGGCAUAUCUAUAGGCGCUAUCUGGGUAAGUAAUUGUACUAUUUCUAUACUGUACUACUUCUAUACUGUUCCUUUUUACAUACAAGAGUAUUUUAUGAUAAACUUAUAUUCCAUUACAUCAAAUGAUGAUCCCCAACUACUAGUAGUCUGUUUGCUAAAAGAGUAGUCAUUUUCUUUGUGUGCAGAGGGCAAGAUGCAGCCUGACCCUCUACUGGUUUGCAUAUUAAGUUAUGUGGCACACAACUCAGACAAGCCCUUAUUUCCCAAAGAACAUCUGCAUAACAGGCCUUUUCCCCCUUUCUGAGCAAAACCACCUCUUUAAAGUCUCAAAAGCAUACUGCUGGCUGCAAGUAAAUUUUGCCUUGAAUCUCUCUGGAUUCUAAACUUUUGGCAAUGAACUCUCUUUUACAAGUAAAAAUUAUAAGCAGCAAGGUAGAAUCAACAUGAGUGCAUUAUUUCCAAUCUCCAGUGAAUUGUUUUGUUGAAAAGGAAAGAAUACGUUUUGGAUAAGUUAUAAACAAAGGGACAGUUGUAAAUGUUUUCUGUAAUUUGAAUUUUGUAUUUAAUAACACAAGUUAUCACAUGCCUCCAAGAAAACAACAUUUAUUUAUAAAAAAUACAACAAGAUCGGUUUAUGAUGAGAAAUGUGGCAAUAAAUACAAUUCAAAGAAAAGGCAAUUCUACAUGGAUACAUUAUGGCACAGGAAAUAAAAGUCAACGCACCAUCAAAACAUGGAGACUUCUGUGGGCUCAGAAUUUAUACAAGCUCCCUUUUUAAGCAAGUCAGCUCUUUUUCUAUAAGCUUGGUCAAUUUAGAUAUUGGAAUGGAACACACACAAUCACAAAUGCACAUUUAUUAUGUCUACUGUGAGUUUAGAGAUUAGCAAGCAAGUACUUAUGAACAGACAGAAAUCUUGCAGGUAAUAAGCCACAACCUCAGUUUUUGUGGCAUGGUCCACAAUUAAGUCUUACAGUUUUCCACAUAAUGGAACUGUAAAUAAAAACAUUUUUAAAAAAGGAAAGGGCUGAUAUAGUAUGUAAAAUGCUCAUUUCAGAACAAGGUUGUAAAAAAAUGCAUAGUUUUUAUUAUUAAAAGACUUGGCUGUAUAAGAGAACUCCCCCUUUCACAGUAUUCCUUUUUACUUCAUAUGCAGUUAUUGUUAUGCUGUAGACUGCAACUGUUACAGCACUAAAGGCAACUAGAGAAGGAAAGGGCAGAGAAAGGAAAAAGGAAUGUUAUGUAAGGCAAUUAUUUCCUUAGGUACAUGAAGCAUAAUGUGUAAAGAAGACGGGUAACAAUUCCACAAGGCUAGUUUCGUUCUUUACUGAAUAAAAUAAUAAACUAAUACUGAGCUUUUGAGGCAAAUCUAAUAAUCAAUGCCCUGGUCACUGUACUGACCGUGGUAAUCUCUCUGAUAUUCAUCUUGGUAUUCGCCGUGAUAGUCAUCUGGAUAUUCUGCCUGAUAAUCGCUAUCGCUGAUUUCUGACCCAUUAGUUCCUGUUCCUUGACUUCCAUUAUGAAUGACAGGUUCUGUUGGUGCAGCACAAUACUUUGGAUCAUAUACUUGCCGUCCAAGCCCAUAAACGCUCAUCCCUUUCUGGGAAGCCACUUUGUUGGUGCCCAUUUGUAGUGAAAUAGUGGUGUUGUCCAUGGGUUGUAAUGUGAGCUUCUGGUCAUAAAUGUCUCGUCUUGUACCUGGUGCAAGCAUCCCUGCCUAAAAACAAAGGGUUUAAAGCAGUUUGAACAGCAUUGUGACUUUUAAAAUAAUAAUGAGUGAUGGCAGGAAUGCACAUGUGCAUAACAUUUUCUAGAUACUAGCUACUCAGCAUGGAAGUCUCCUAAGUGAGAUUCAGCAAGCAACAGACUUCUCAUCCCAUCACAGAAAUCAGAAUAAAGCACAUUAUACUACGAGGAAGAAGCUAUGGGUGCAUGCUGAGCAUCUUCACAAUUUUGUAUGUGUAUUGCAAGGAUGAAGAGUAUCCUAAGUGAUUAUAAACUGGGUAAGGAAUUUCACAGCCUCUUUGAUUAUUCUGAGCUGCAGGCUACAUCUUACCCCAAAGCUAUUUAACAUCUAUAUGAAGCUGUUAGGAGCAAUCAUUAGGAAUUUGAAGCACAAUGUCACCAGUAUGUUGAUAUCUAUUGUGGGUUAGCAGGUCUCAAGUUCAGAAACUGGGUCAUAUUGCCUUUUCUGAAUAGGGUUGCACUCCCCUUGAAGGAGCAAGUUUGUAGUUAGGAAGUACUCAUUGAAUUGUGUUUGUCAGCAACUGCAAAGCCCCCUUGCACAGCUUCUGUGCUAUGUGUAAAGCAGACUGUGCUCCCACCCAUUAGCUGAUGCACAUCUUGACCAACCAGGAUUUACCUCUGUGUAAGAGAGCUGGUUUCAGGGAACUCUCAUGCACUGGAACCCAGCGCUAAACAGGGCUGACCUUGUACAUCAGCUGAUAUGUGGGGUCCAUCCAGUUUGAUCUAGGUGUGAGAGAGCUCACUAGAAGAAACUCAUGUACCUGAACCUGCCAAGCUUCAAAGAGGAUUACAUUGGACCAGCUGCCACAGUGAAGAAAAGCUUCCUUUUAGCAGCACCUUGCUGCCAUAGAUGCUCUGAAGUCUCAACUUUCAAAGUUAUACCCACCAAUCAUAAUUGGCCCUUUAGGAAGAUCCUGGUAAGAAUCUGGCCCACGGAUCAAAAAAGGUUAUUCUCCCCCCCCCCCCGCCCAAUGCUACAGAUUACAUUAUUCUAAUGCACACAAAAAUGGUGUGGAAGCUGCAGCUAGUGCAAAAUGCUGGUCUAGAAAUAUUUUAAAAUAAAUAAAAUACCAAACAAUGAAAGAUAAAGUUUAGGACUGCAGAAACAAAUAUCUUAAAUAUGAAAGUAACUUUUGCUUACCUGACUAGCCCCUUUGUUAGUACCCAUCUGCAGGCUUAUUGUUGUCUGGUCAAAUGGUUUAUCAGUUUGCAUCUUUGGAUCAUAGAGAUGUCUCCUAGUCCCAUAGGCAGUCAUGCCUGCCUGGCUGGCACAUUUAUUGGUUCCCAUCUAUAAAGAGAAUGAGGAUCACUUGAAGAAAGGAGUUCUGAUUGAGAACUACCAUAAGUAAAUGUACUAUACUAGGCCAGUGUAUUGAAGAAUGUAACAUAUAUAAGUUGUGGUGGUGUGCUCAGUGCAGGGAGUUCCUGGUUCCCAGGGAAUGUCCGUUUCCUUCAGAUAGCAGACCUUAGAAGGUGAGAGAAACAGAGAGGAGACCUUCAAAUACACAGUAGGAGCGUCCUGCUCCUAGAGCUAACAGCUCUUCUGCAGAAUGAAGUUCUUAGGGCAGGGCGUUGGAAAUGAUCCUUUAAGAGGGGACAUGUUACUUAGUGACUUCCCCAACUUUUCUGAAGGUUGCAGACAUCACAUGUUGUCUAAAUAGUAUGGGAGAGCAGUCAUGGUACACAUUGACACCAACAACCUUGGGAAAUGUUUGUUAGGCAUGUUGUAAUCCAAGAUCUCUGAGGAAAGGAAAACAAAGGGUUUAUUAGAGUAGUGUUAAUCUAUGUGUCAAAGUCAACUCAACUAUAUUAACUUCAAAGGAACAACAGAAUGGGUGCCUUUAUGCCUUGGUUUGGGCUCCUUGGAGGUGUAUCCAUUUGGUCUCUGUGGGAAGCAGAAUGUUGCAUUAUAUAAAACUUUGUUACCCUCAUCUUAUGUUCUUAAGAUUUCAACUAAAAAGAAAUAUCUAAUACAAAAAGUACUAAGAUGAUGUGUAACAGCAGAGAGGGUUAUUCAAAGAUUAGUUACAGAGAGCCAACCUGAAAUCUUCACGGCUGUCUUCUGCUCUACAAAUUACAUUGAGUGGUGUGGUAGAAUGCCUACACCAUACCAGUAACAUGUGUAACUUCUGCUGUGUAAUUACAGUGCCAAUCCACCUGAUUACAUGAACAGAAGAUUCACACGUUACUGAGUAGCACAGGAAUAACAGAGGCAGUGUUAAUCACGCUUUUCAUGUUAACAGGUAAACCAGAUCUAUGAUGGACCAAAAUAGAGCAAUUCUACUGUGACCUACCUUAUUCUUCCUCAUGUAUGCUUCCUCAUGUUGUUGCUGCUUACCUGGAGGGACAAAGUGAUGGCGAGGUUGGAGCUAUGCAGAUGCACCAGAGGAAAUGCCAGAUUGGCUCUGCCAGGGCUUUGCUCCUCCAAGUAAGCAGCAGCAAGUGCCUCUUCCAGCAGGCUAUUGCUGUGGCUCAAAGCCACUCCUGCUGUUUACUAAGCAUAAAUAAUUGUCCAUUACACCUUAAAAGGUUUUCCUGUGUAUACUGAUUUACAGCACAAUCCCAUGGAUUCAGAAAGCAGCCCCACUGAGUUCAGUGUGGCUUGCUCCCAGGUAUGUUUGUACAGGAUUGCAGCCUUAGUGAACUUUCAAUUUUUCUGCUUACCUGCAAACCAAUCACACUUUGUCCAGCCUUCAGUUUUCCUGCAUCAAAACUUCUUGCUUGCUUUUCUGCAUAUUUGACACCAAUAUCGAUUGUAGUAUGAAAGCCUUUGGUUUUUGCCUAGGAGGAGAAUAGAAUAACAGCAUUUCUAAUAUACAUUUUAUACAGAAAUACCUUUCAUAUCACUUGCUUUUGGUUGUCCUUGAUUUAAUAAUUCUGCGUUCAAUUUUAAACCAAUUAAUGCAGGGGUCAGUAAACUUUUUCAGCAGGGGGCCAGUUCACUGUCCCUCAAGCCUUGUGGUGAGCCAGACUAUAUUUUGAAAAAAAAUAUGAACAAAUUCCUGUUCCCCACAAAUAACCCAGAGAUGCAUUUUAAAUAAAAGGACACAUUCUACUCAUGUAAAAACACGCUGAUUCCCGGACCAUCCAUGGGCUGGAUUUAGAAGGCAACUGAGCCGGAUCCAGCCCCCGGGCCUUAAGUUUGCCUACCCAUGAAUUAAUGGAUCAUUGAUUGUACAGUUUCAAGAGCUACUUGGCAACAGAGGUGAAGGCAUGGAUAACAUCCCACAACUUCUGCAGGCCAAGCUUCAUAUUUGGUUUUACCAAGAGUAAUACAAUGUAGCUGCUAGACAAGUAAAGCCUCAAUCCAUGGAAUUUCAUGGCAUACCUAUUACAUACAUCCCAUAGUUGAAGUAUUGAUCCUUUUAGAUAGUAAAUGUUGUAAGAAUCCUAAAACACUUUCUAUGCUUUAUGACAAGGUACCGUGCUAUAAAAUGGUUAAUUACAGUUAACCUAUGAAAAUGCAUGGAACUCACAUAGAUCAAUGUAAUGCACUGGACUGCAUAUGUCAUUAUGUACAUACCAGACCUGCUAGUGCCACCAGUGAUGUCUGAACCUGGGUCAUAUUUCCGUUUUCAAAGAGAUCAUUUGCUUCAAAUAUAUCAUGUGGUUUCAUGCCAUAUUGUUGUAUGGCCUUUAUAAAAUUCCCAAUGUUCUCCAGCUGAAAUUAAAUAAAUGCAUGAUGGUCUUAGUGCUUGAUGAUAUAAUUGCAUAAGGCAGAACUAAAUACUGUAUGGGAAAGUAUGUAAUAAACUUGGAAGAUUUUUUAAAAUAAAGAAAGCCACUUUAUAAUUGGUUUCAAGCAAUUUGGGGUGGGGGCGCGCACUGGGGUUGCUUAAACCUUUACCUGACCUGUUCUCCACUCUAAAAUUCCCCCUUUCAUUCCUACUUCUCUUUUUAAAGUGGCUGUCAGGAUUUUCUUACUCAUGCUUGCAUGUUUUUGUUUUUUGUUUUAAUUCUAUUCCCCCUGUUUCUCAAAGGAGACUCAAGAUGGCUUAAACAAUAAUAACAACUGAAUAAAACAAUCUCUUUUAAAAAUGCCAUUGCACAUUCAAACAUUAAUAAUACCCAGUCUGUUUUAACAAAUUUCAGCAGCACAAAAGUGAAAUGGAACUCGGCCAGCAUAAAUUACAAAAUUAACCAAAAGUUUAUUUAAAGAGUCAGAGCUUCAACAGCUACCAGAAGCAGUAUAGUGAUAGGGCCUUACAUUCAACAUUCAGCAAGGCAUUCAAUAUAGUAGGUGCCACAACAUAAAAUACCCUGUCCCUAGGUGACAGACACCAGCCCUGCUUCCUGAGGCUGAAGGAUUUGGAGCACAGCCCAGAUGACGAUAAGGAGUGUGCAGAGAGAAACAUGGAAGGAGGCGGUUCCUAAGGUGCCCAGGUACCAAGUGCCAUUAUGCACACAAUGCGGAGAUGGACUCAAAGGUUCAAGAUUGUUUUAAGCACUUGAAGAAGUUUUCUGCCUUUGAGCUAUAAAUGAAAUCAGCAAAGAAUAUAGGCCGAUAAAGAUCUGAUGGUUAGCACACACAUUCUUAACUCCUUAAUUUUGUUUUACUUUGUUCAGAUCUGCCAAACUGGCAGGUCUAGUUUUAUUCUAGUUUUCCUACUGUAUGCCAGCAGUUGUUCAAAUCCAGUUUUCAGUGAGAGACAAAAUUUCUCAAGAAGGCAAGUGUUCUACUAUGACCUUUCCUGUCUCAGUAUCUAUUUUCAAUUUCAUUUUGUAUUGCCCAUUUAUUCUUUCCUGAUUUGUGCAAUAUGGGUAAUUACAUUUGUUCCUGUAGUUCUAUGGGUCAUUUAUUUGGAAAGCAAAUACAAUGGACCAGAUUCCUUGGGCAAUUAAUAAUUUAAAAGUGUGUAUAGCUGUAACGAGGGGGGGGGCAGAAUAGAAGGGCAUUUGCGAAGAGAAAAAGAUUUCACCAAGCCUAACGAAGUUGUAAUCAAACCCACCACUUCUCCAGUUUCUACAAUAAUUGUCUAGUUUCUUAAUAUUCUAUUCCCAUAAUAUAAAUUACCAGGUUUGGUACUUUCAAUGGUAUUCUAAUAGUAAAAAGAGAAGCUUAUACAGUUUAAUCAUUAAUGCUUGCAAGGUGAACAAUUGCUGUUUCCUCAAAAAUAAAUCUGUAAAGGUGAAGGUGUUGAAGGCCUCACUGUGACAAUAACUGUCAUUAAGCUUUCAUUCAUGCAUUUCCUCUCUCCUUCGGAGAGAGACACUAUAUUAUUUGAAUACAGUAUUUAAAUUGGUUUGUUUACCUGAUGCCAGUUUAGUUUGGAUUGAUUGAUUUUCUUUACUGAUCCCGGGUGAAGUUUGUUGAUAAGCCUGUAAAAAACAAUCAAGUGAAUAAACUUCUUUCUUUUCGCAUAGCCACCACCAAUUUGAAUCUCCAUAUUACAGGACUACUAAUGCACAGAUAAAAACCAAUAUAUAGCUGUACCUUGGAAGUUGAAGGGAAUCCAUUCUGGAAGUCUGUGCGACUUCCAAAACGUUCGAAAACCAAAUUGCGGUUUCUGACUGGCUGCAGGAAGCUCCUGCAGCCAAUCAGAAGCCGCGGAAGCCUCGUCAGACAUUGGGCUUCCAAAAGAGCAUUCAUAUACAGGAACAUUCACUUCUGGGUUUGGCAGCCAAAACGUCCGAGUUCCAGGGCAUUUGGGAUCCAAAGUAUGACUGCGUAUUUUAUUUGCACAUACAGCUUAUUUGUAAGGCAGUUUGCAUAAUAGGCAUGCUGGUAAAGCCACUUUAGAAGGGAUUUGAGCCACAUAUCUGAAUGUCCUCCUUGGGGGGCGGGGAGGAAGAAAAUGAGAAUGUCAGGAAAAACAUGCCAUCCUAUGCGAUGAAUUUGUUACAUUUUAAACACCUGUAAAUUUUAAAUACACUCAUAAAUGGAAAUGAGUGAUUCAUGGGGGGGGGGGAGGGUGAGCGAGCAAACCCAUUCACCCUUUCUGCCCUAUCUCAUUGCAAUCUGUUGCUUUAAGCAGCUUUUCCCUUGGCUCACUUCUGGAGUUUGAGCUAGGCUGGUGGAAAAUUGCUUGAAGCAGCUGAGCACAAUGAAGUAAGGGAAGACAAAGAAUGUUGUUUCUCGCUUCAUGUGCUGCUUUUUGUAUCAAGGGCAGAUCUCUUUCUUAACAUGUGAACAGGCCCUUAGAAACACGAUUAGAUAGGCUCAACAACUUUGGUUUCCAUAAAAAGAUCCAACAAGUUUGUAGGUGUCAUGAAUUUUACUUUUUGAAAUAUGGCAAUCCUAGCAACACUUAGUAAUUUUACUGGAAACGACAGGAUGGGAGUGUUAUUCUGCUUGGAUCCUACUUGCAGGUUUCCACAGACAUCUGGUUGGCCACCAUAAGAACAGAAUUCUCCACUAAAUGGACAGUUGGCCUGAUCCAACAGGCUCUUAUGCUGAUUUUAAUUGCUCUUUGGCAGGGAAGGUUCUGGUGUAUUAUCCUAUUCCCUUUUCAGUGUUGCUUAGAAGACACACUAGUGAUACCAGUGCUAUUUAUUGUUUGUGUUUUGUUUUUUAAGAGGAAGAGAAAAGGCAGAGAGAAAGAGUUCCCAGAUAUAAUGGACAACAUUGUUCUUUUAUUUUUAAAAGUCAUGUUGAAAAUAUUUUUGUAGGUGCAACUUUUAUUUAUUUAUGCAAGGGCAGCUGCAUCUUCCAACAUUACCUGUUCUAUACACCUGUUAAAAGAUAGCAGCCCUGCCCUCUUUUGUGUAUUGUAAUGCUAAAAGAGAGAGAAAGAAGUGGACAUAUCCAGGGAAUGGCGAAACAGAACCCUGCCUGGGGUGCAAAAUCACCCCUGAAUGCUCCGACUUGAGGAAAGAGUUACUUGUGUGGGGUGAGAGGCAUGACAGGCAAAUUCUUUGGAUUGCAAUUGCCUCAGAAUAAACUGAGAUGGGGGAGGGUUAGGGGUGACAGAAUGACUAGUGUUGCCACUGCUGUCUUCAUGCUCACUACUGACAGGUGCUUUUAACUUCUCCCAACUUUUGCAUGCAGCCCUCAAAGCCCCCUCUCCACAAGGGACCCAGCUAGACCCUGCCUGCCUGCCUCCCUGCUUGCCAGUUGAGAUGGAGGGCUCAGCUGGUGGCUACUGCAGUAAAGUGAUGGGGGUGGGCGGUGCUGAUACAGUUCUCUACAAAGGGUGCAAGGGACCCUAGUACGUCUUUGGGUAUAUCUGGUAAAAUAAUAAUGGGGGGAAAUCACACUGUGUCCUAAAAUUAAAUGUGGAUCUUAUUUCUGAAAAAGUUGGCUACUGGCCUAGAAACUAAAGAGCUCUGCCUGAAAUAAAACAUGAUGUGGCUUACUCGCACAGUAUGAUGCCAUCCUUUAAACCCAGUUGAAAGUUGGCUCCAAUGCUCAUGCCAGUAACUUCUUCAAUCCAGUUGCGGAGAUCUUCCUCUAUCUGUGGAUCAUAUUUCAAAGCAAUCUGCAAUACAAAAUAAUGAUCAAUUCAACACUUUAUCUGAUUUUAAUAAUGCAAAAUUCAUAUUUGAUUAGACAAGGAUAUUUUAUAAAAGCAUCUGAAAAUGGAUCCAAUGCUAUCCCAGAAAUCAGCGUCACUAAUUAGCAUAAAGUAUUACAGUAUUUAUCAUUCUAAACCCUCAUGAUAAUUUUCAGCUCUUCAAAUAAACCAAAGGGUUUUUUCUUUGGAAAUCUCUUGUCUAAUGUCUAUUCUAUUCAUAAGCAUACUCUGCUGAUGCAAGUAUUCACUGAAAUUCUACAUGACCUUCCUUGUAUGUCAUUCUGUUCACUUAGCAGACCACUUGCAUCACAGCUGAUUCAUAACAUAUAAAUUAACAGUUCAGCACUAUAGCAACAGUAAACAGU